GUCUAGGACUGGGCCCCGUUGCUGGGGAUCUGCAAAGGCAGCCGGCCUUGCUGGUCUCUGUCCGCGGUUCUCUGACCUUACAUUGAAGGACGCCGCCCACCUCGGACACUGGGAAAUGAUAAUGGUAUCAUUUCUGGGCUCUGCCACCUCUCAAAUCUGACCUUAAUCCAAUGUUUCCUGCCUGUCAUGGGGAUAGCAUCCACAAAUGAUGAAUCCCCACAGAAUCUUCAUCUCCAAUUCCAAAAUGAGCAACUCCUGCUGGCAGAGGUGAUGAUAGCAUUUGAAGACCUGGCUGUUUACUUUACCUGGGAGGAAUGGCAGAACAUGAACAAAGCUCAGAAAAUCCUGUACAGGGAUGUGAUGCUGGAGACCUACAGCAGCCUGCUUUUCUUGGGGCACUGCAUUACCAAACCUGAUUUGAUCUUUAAGUUGGAACAAGGAGCAGAGCCAUGGAUGGUGAAUGAAUGCCUAAAUCAGAGACUUCCAGUUGCCAUGAAAAGUGAUGACAUAAUUAGGACCAACCAGGAAAUUCAAGAAAAAAAUUUGAAUCAGGAUGUUAUGACAAAUAUCAAGACAUCAACUCCCAAGAUAGUUGAAUUAAGAAAAAGACUUAAUUUAAGUUCAAGCCAUGUUUCAAAACUGAUUAUCAGAAAGGGAAAUUAUUCAGCAAUGAAACCUGAGGAGCACAAUGUGUGUCACAAUGUGUAUCCCCAUGGUGGCCCUGAUCAGCUGCAAGCUGGAGAGAAACUUGAUGCCUCUAAGGUACCUGUGAACUCUGUCCAGUGCUAUGAGCCUGUUAAUGAGUAUCACAAGAUUCAGACUAUGAAGCAUUCAUUUGAACGUAGUGGACAAGGGAAUGACUUCAAAACAAAGAAGAUAUUCUUUAGAUUUGGCACGGUCCAUAUGGGAGACAUCUGUAAUAAGUCAACUGUCACUGUUGGAAAGACAAGUGAAAUAGAGAAAACUCUUCAUAAAGAUACUAAUCUCAGUAAGCAUCAACAAAUCAACACAGGAGAGAAACUAUAUGAAGAUAUGGGAUAUGCGGAACCUCUCAUUUACAGAUCCGAUCUUGCAAUAAAUCAGAGACAAUAUAUAUGGAAAAAGCCCUACACAUGUAAGCCUUGUGGAAAAUCAUUCAAUUGUAAGUCCUGCCAUACCAUCAUUCACAGUACUCGCAUAAAGGAAAACUCCCAUGUGUGUAAUGAAUGUGGAGAAACCACAUACCAAAAGUUAGAUCUCUUUAGGCAUCAGAAAAUUGACACAAAGAAGAAACCUCAUGAAUGCAAUGAGUGCAGAAAAGCCAUUUUCCAGAAAUCAUACCUCAUAACACAUCAGAGAAAUCACAUAGAAGACAAACCUCAUGAAUGUAAAGAUUGUGGAAAAGCCUUUGGCCAAAAGUCACAUCUUGUAAUGCAUCAGAGAAUUCACACAGGAGAGAAAUCUUAUGAAUGCAAUGGCUGUGGAGAUGUCUUUCUGUGCAACUCACAGCUCAUCAAACAUGAGGGAAUUCAUGUAAGUGAGAAACCUCAUGAAUGUAAUGACUGUGGAAAAGCCUUUGGACAGAAGUCACAUAGAGUGCAUCAGAGAAUUCAUAGAGAGAAACCUUAUGAAUGUAAUGACUGUGGAAAAGCCUUCAGCUAUAACUCACAACUCAUAAUCCAUCAGAGAAUUCACACAGGGGAGAAACCUUAUGAAUGUAAUAACUGUGGAAAAGCCUAUGGCUAUAAGUCACAACUCCUAAUCCAUCAGCGAAUUCACACAGAGAAGAAAGCUUAUGAAUGUGAUGAAUGUGGAAAAGCCUUUGGCAAGAAGUCACAACUUGUAACGCAUCAGAGAAUACACACAGGGGAGAAACCUUACGAAUGUAAUGACUGUGGAAAAGCCUUCAACUAUAAAUCACAACUCAUAGCCCAUCAGAGAAUUCACACAGGGGAGAAACCUUAUGAGUGCAAUGGCUGUGGAAAAGCCUUUGGCCAGAAAUCAUAUCUCAUAAUGCAUCAGAGAAUUCACACAGGGGAGAAACCUUAUGAAUGUAAUGACUGUGGAAAAGCCUUCAGCUAUAAGUCACAACUCAUAAUCCAUCAGAGAAUCCACACAGGGGAGAAACCUUAUGAAUGUAAUGACUGUGGAAAAGCCUUUGGCCAGAAGUCGCAUCUCAUAAUCCAUCAGAGAAUUCACACAGGGGAGAAAGCUUAUGAAUGUAAUGAUUGUGGAAAAGCCUUUGGCAAGAAGUCACAUCUUGUAAUGCAUCAGAGAAUUCACACAAGAGAGAAACCUUAUGAGUGCAAUGGCUGUGGGAAGGCCUUCAUCUAUAACUCACAACUCAUAAUCCAUCAGAGAAUUCACACAGGGGAGAAACCUUAUAAAUGUAAUGACUGUGGAAAAGCCUUUGGCCAGAAGUCAUAUCUCAUAAUCCAUCAGAGAAUUCACACAGGGGAGAAACCUUAUGAAUGUAAUGACUGUGGAAAAGCCUUUGGCCAAAAGUCAGGCCUCAUUAAACAUCAGAGAAUUCACACAGGGGAGAAACCUUAUAAAUGCAAUGACUGCAGUAAAACCUUUGGCCAGAAGUCGUAUCUCAUAAUCCAUCAGAGAAUUCACACAGGGGAGAAACCUCAUGAAUGCAAUUACUGUGGAAAAGCCUUUGGCCAAAAGUCAGGCCUCAUCAAACAUCAGAGAAUUCACACAGGGGAGAAACCUUAUGAAUGCAAUGACUGCAGGAAAACCUUUGCUCAGAAAUCACAACUCAUAAUCCAUCAGAGAAUUCACACAGGAGAAAACCUCAUGAAUGUAAUGAUUCCAGAAAAGUUUUUUGCUGUAAAUUACAACUCAUAACACAUGAGCAUCGUUUGUAAGGCUGGGUGAGUGGUGACAAAUUCAGUUUCUUUUUUUAUGACAUGUCUUUAUUUCACAUUGAUGAAUGAAAACUUUGCAUGGUAUAGUAUUCUCCUUUGACCGAUUUUUUUCUAAGACUCACACAGUAUCUCCAUUCUCUCAUAGACCAUAGAGAUUCUAAUGAGAAGUCACCUGUGAAUCUAUUUGGAAAUUCUUGGAAAUUUAUCUGAAAUUUCUGUCGUGCACAUUUUGGAAUUUUCUUUACAUUUUACUGCUGAAAGAUUGACUGCAAUAUCUCAUGACCAGAUCUUUAUGGUCAGUGCUAUUAGGAGUUGUAUGUAUUUAUUAUAUUUGGACAUCCCUUUAUACCUAAAACUUAGGAAAGUUUUUGUAAUAUUUUACCGAAGAUGCCUAGUAAACCAUUCUCUCUUUCCAUACCUGGAAUUGUAUUUUGGAUCAUUUCAUUGUAUCCCAUAAAUUGUCAACACUUUUUAAAAAUUUUAUUACCUACAAUUUCAUUUGUUUUUCAAGUUUUAUAUCGUUAUUUAUAUAUAAAUAUAUAUGUUAAUACCCCCCCUUCGUCCCAAAAAGUUCCAGUCCUUCUCCCUCCUAGCUCUCUUAUUCCUGCUCUUUAUUUUUACAGUUUUUUUAUUUACUUUAUACAGAUAAGUUUAACCUCACACUACAUGAAAAGUUCAACAAAUAGUAUGAAGAAUUAAAAUAGUAUUACUCAACAGAAGAGACACUUCAAUAUAUUAUAUUGUAGAUACCCUAUUAGUUAACCACAAAUCAGCAAAAAUAUAUGAUAUCUGUCUUUUAGGGAGUAGCUGAUUUUACUAAGUGUAGUGUUAGCCAGUUGUAUCCAUUUUGUUGCAAAAGAGAGACUUUUUUUUUCUUACAGCUGAAAAGAAUAUUUUUCAUCCAGUCAGCAGCUAUUGGACAUCUGGGUUGAUUUUGUAUUUUAGCUAUUGUCAAUUGUGUAGCAGUGACCAGUUAUCAGUGAUACAUAUCUCUUUUAGAUGCUGAUUUAUUUUGAUUCAAGUAAAUUCCCAGGAAUGGAAUGGCUGGAUCAUAUGCUAGGUUUAUAUUCACAUUUCUGAGAUAUAUCCAUACUGUCUUCCAUAGUGGCUGGACCACUUUGCAUUCCCAUAAACAGUCCAUUAGGGUACCUUUUCCCCACAUUCUUGCCAGCAUUUGUUGUUUGUUGAUUUCUGUAUGUGAGCCAUUCUCAAUGCAAUGAAAUGAAAUUUCAUUAUACUUUUGAUCUUUAUUUCCCUAAUGGCUAGUGUUCCUGAGCAUUAUUUCAACUGUCUGUUGGCCAUUGUAUCUUCUGAAAAAUGUCUGUUCAAGUCCUUUGCCCAUUUCGUAACUGGAGUGUUUGUUAUGUUGUAUUUGAAUUUCUUGAGUUCUUUGUACAUUCUGUAUAUUAAUCCUUUGUCACUUGAGUAAUUUUCAAAUAUUUUUCCCAUUCUGUUGGUUGACUCUUCACUUUCCUGAGUGUUUCUUUUGCAAUUCAGAAGCUUUUCAGCUUUGUGUAAUCCCAUUUGUCAAUUUUGACUUUGAUUAACUGUGCUUCUCUGGUCUUUUCCAAGAAGUCUUUACCUAUGCCAAUGUCUUGUAGGGUUUUCCCAAUGUUUUCUAAUAAUUUGAUGGUAUUGAGUUGUAGAAAUAGAUCUUUGAUCCAUUUUGAGUCAAUUUUUGUGUAAGGUGUAAGGUAGGCAUCCUGUUUCAUGUUUCUGAAUGUGGAGAUCCAGUUAUCCCAUCAACAUUUGUUGAAGAGACUGUCCUUGCUCUAGAGAUUGAUUUUAGCUCCUUUGUCAAAGAUAAAUUGGUUGUAAGCCGGCGCCGCAGCUCACUAGGCUAAUCCUCCACCUGCAGUGCCGGCAUCCCGGGUUCUAGUCCUGGUCAGGGUGCCGGAUUCUGUCCCGGUUGCUCCUCUUCCAGUCCAGCUCUCUGCUGUGGUCCAGGAAGGCAGUGGAGGAUGGCCCAAGUGCUUGGGCCCUGCACCCACAUGGUAGACCAGGAGGAAGCAGCUGGCUCCUGGCUUCAGAUCAGCGUAGCAUGCUGGCCAUAGAGGCCAUUUGUAGGGGGUGAACCAAUGGAAGGAAGACCUUUCUCGCUGUCUCUCUCACUGUCUAACUCUGCCUGUCAAAAAAAAAAAAAAAAAGAUAAAUUGGUUGUAGAUGUGUAGAUUGUGUUCUGGAUCUUUCUUUUUCAUCUGUCUAUCCAUCUGUUUUUGUGCCAGUACCAGGCUGUUUUGAUUAUAACUGCCCUGUAAUAUGCCUUGAAAUCAGGAAUUAUGAUGCCUCUGACUUUGCUUGUGUUAUAUAAGUUUGAUUUAUGUAUUUGGGGUCUCAGAAUUAUUUUUUAUAGAUCUGAGAAGAAUGUUGUUGAUAUUUUGAUUGGUAUCGCAUUGAAUCUAUGAAUUUCUCUUGGUAUUAUGGGCAUUUUGAUGAUACUGAUUCUUCCAAUCCCUGGACAUGGGUGAUUUUUUUCAUUUUUAUUUCUGUUAUUUCUCUGUUUUAUGUUUGGUAAUUUUCAUUGUAAAGAUCUUUGACAUUCUUGGUUAAAUUUAUUCCAAGAUAUUUAAUUUUUUAUAACUAUUUUGAAUGGAAUGAUCUUAAAAAUUCUUAGCCUUCCCAAUGUCUGUGAAUGCAAAUUCUCCUAAUUUUUAUGCAUUAAUUUUAUAUCCUGCAACUUUACAAAACUGUUUUAUGAGUUCCAGAAGUUUCUCAGUGUAGUCUUUUGGAUCCCAUUUAUAGAAUCUACUCAUUUGCAUAUAGGGGUAGAUUUACUUCCUCCUUUCCAAUUUUCAUCCCUUUUAUUUCCUUUUCUUGCCUUGUGGCUCUGGAUAAAACUUCCAGGACUAUUGAAUAGCAAUUGUGAGAGUGAGCAUCCUUCCUUGUUCUGGAUCUUAAUAGGAAUGCUCCCAGCUUUCCACCAUUCAGUAAGAUGUUGGCCAUGGGUUUAUCGUAGAUUGCUUUGGUUGUGUUGAGAAAUGCUCCUUCUAUACCCAGUUUGUUUAAUGUUUUUGCCAUGAAAGGUUGCAGUAUUUUUUUCAAAUGCUUUCUCUGAAUCAAUUGAAAUAAUCAUAUGGUUUUUGUUCCUCAGUUUGUAAUGGGGUGAAUCACACUUAUUUGCAAAUGUGGAACCAUCCCUGCAUAUGGUGAUAAAUACCACUUGGUCCAGGUGAAUGAUCUUUCUGAUGUGUUGUUGGAUUCAAUUCGCUAGUAUUUUGUUGAGGAUAUCUGCAUCUGUGUUCAUAGAUAUAUCGGUCUACAGCUCUCUUUUUCUGUUGUAUCUUUUUCUGGUUCAGUAAUUAUAGCUAUGAUGGCUUUAUAGAAGGAGUUUGGGAGCACUCCUUCCAUAAGAAAAAGCAAGAAGAAACAGAGAGGAGGCUGGAUACAAACUUACAGCCAGUCUGAAUUUAUUCAGAGAAAAGUAACUCACAGUGGUUGAUCAAUUGCUAGUGUGAAUACAGAAUGAACAUAUGGCUGAGGGUCAAGAUUCCAUGGCCUGAGCAUUUUUGUAUCUUAGGUGGGUUAUGGGUGGGUUAGGUGGGUGAAUGAAUGCAGAGGGUGAGACUGAAUUGGGAUUCAGUACAAGGAAUGCCUUCAUGACUCAAUUUUGGUAGAUUGUGUCCAAGAAUCUACCAAAUUCUUCUAUGUUUCCCAAUCUAUUGACACAGAACUUUGUAGUAAUUCCUGAUUAUUCUCUUAAUAUCUGUGGUAUCCGUUGUUACAUUUUGUUUUUUCAUCUCUGAUUUUAUUGAUUUGGGUGUUCUCUCCUUUUUUCUGUUGAUAAGUUGUGCCAAUAUUGAAUCAAUUUUGUUUGUUCAAAAAAUCAGCUGUCAAUUUAACUGAUCUUUUGUGAUUUUUUUGUUUCAAUUUUGUUUAUUCUCUAAUUUUUAAUUGUUUCUUUCCUCCUAGUAAUUUGCAGUUUGUGUUGUUUUUCUAGAUCUUUGAGAUUCACUGAUAGUUCAUUUGUUUAAUAGCUUUCUAAUUUUUUCAGUAGGUGCCAUUUGCUCUAAACUUCCCUCUUAACACAGAUUUUGUAUCAUCCCAUAAGUUUUGAUAUGACUUAUUGUCAUCUUCAUUCAUUUCAAGAAAUUUUAUUUUGAUUUCUUCUAUGACCCACUGUCCAUUCAGGAGCAUGUUGUUCAGUCUCCAUGUGUUUGUAUAUGAUCUAGAGAUUCCUGAGUUGUUGAUUUCCAGCUUCAUUCCAUUAUUUACAUUUAUUUAUAGUCACAUCUUUCUGUUGAAUUGAUCCCUUAAUCAUUAUAUAGUGCCAUUCUUUGUCUCUUUUAAUAGUUUUUGUUUGACAUCUUUUUCCUUUGAUAUUAGCAUUGCAACAACUGCCCUUUUAGCAUUCCAUUAGCAUGGAGUAUCUUUUCUAAUCCUUUCACUUACAGUCUACAUGUAUCUUUGUUGGUGGGAUGUGUUUCUUGCAGGCAGCAAACAGAUGGGUUUUAAAUCAUUCAGUCAGUCUAUACCUUUUAACUGGAAGUUGAGGCCAUUUACAUUCAAAAUGACUAUUGAUAAGUAAUUACUUUGCCCUGCCAUUGUUUCAUAAAUAUUCCUAUUAUUUACCUUGGAUUUCUUUUGCUCUUUUGCUUGAGUAUUUUCUGCCUUCACAUUUUUUAAAGAUUAUUUAUUUGAGAGACAGAGAUACAGAGAGGCAGAGGCAGAGGUCAGAGAGAGAGAAGUCUUCAAUUCACUGCUAUACUCCCUAAAUGGCUGCAAUGGCUGGAGCUGGGUCAAUCCAAAAUGAGGAGCCUGGAUGUUAUUUCAGGUCUCCCAUAUGGAUGUAGGGGCCCAAGGACUUGGGCCAUCUUUAGCUGCUUUACCAAGCACAAUAAGAGAGAGCAGGAUCAGAAGUUCAGUAGUUGGGACUUGAACCAGUGCCUAUAUGGGGUGUUGGUGCUGCAGGCAGUGGCUUUACCUGCUAUAAUACAGUGCCAGCCCCUCACAUUCUUUUAUCAUGCCGGCUAUCUUUCUGUGUUUCUUGAAACAUCUUUUGUAAUGCCAGAAGAGUGAUCAAAAAUUCUUCCUACUUAUAUUAUGAAUGGUCUUUAUUUCACUGUCAUUCAUAAAUGAGAGCUUUGCAGGGUAAAGUAUUCUGAGUUGACAGUUUUUUUCUCUUAAGACUUGAACUAUGUCUUGCCAUUCUCUCCUAGCCUGUAGGAUUUCUUACGAAAAGUCCAUGGUGAGUCUAAUUGGAGAUCCUCUGAAAGUAAGUUGGUGAUCCUUUCGUGCACAUUUUAGAAUCUUCUCUAUGUUUUUCUAUGGAAAGUUUGACUACAAUGGUCAUAUCUAUUUUGAAAUUCUAUGUGCUUCCUGCAAAUGGACAUCUGUUUCUUUCUCCAAAUUGGGGAAGUUUUCUGUAUAUAUUUCAGUAAAUAGACUUUCUAAUCCAUUCUCUCUUUCCAUGCCUUGAGGAACUGCAAAGACCUGUAUAUUGGGAUGUUGGGUACAUUGAUAGUAUAUGUUGUGUACAUUGAUAGUAUCCCAUAAAUCUCCAGAAUUGUUUUUAGGAAACCAUGGACUCAGUGUAAAUAAAAGGGAUGUGUUUAUCUCACCUCAAUCUCCCCACAACAGUACCACUCCCUGGCUGAGAAAGUAUGGUUGCAAUUUUGGAUUUAGGUGGUGGCUGCUGGUGACUUUGUGUACGUGCACAGCAACUGGCCAAGACAGAAUGCCAUCUUCUUAGUAGUACUGGCAGCAGUGGCAGGGAAAGAGCAGCAUUUGGCCCAUGGCUCUAGAGUAUGUGUGUAAUCCAGAGAUUCAAAUGGAAAUAGCCACAGUCUCCACUUACUCUGAGCUUGACUGGAAGGAUUGACAGGUGGUAAGGCGCCCAUGAAGAACUGUAAUUCAACCCCAGUAAGGCAUAAAACAAGUUCUGGAGCUCAAGCUGCCUCAGUGUGAGCCUUGCAUCCUGUGUGCUAAGACUAUGGGGACUCCGUGGUUACAUGAGAGGUUGCAAGGUGUAGCUGAGUCUCUGGGUCGAUCACUGGUUGUUAGGAAUUCAAUCCUGGUUUCCCACAUGGGUAGCAGGAAUUCAAUUACUUAGCCAACCCUGUGGACCCACAGAGCUGUGUUAUCAGGUCCAUGGAGUCACCAAGUGCUCUGAUGAGGGGAUGAGUGUCUUUACCUGCAUCAUUAUCACCAGGUCAAAUGUCUAGCCCAGAUGUGUUUCAAAUGAACAUAUUAGGAUUGUUAAUUUUUAUCAACAUUAAAGAUUUUAGUGUUCAUAUGUUCUUUCUUAAAAGUUUACUUAAUUAUUUGGAAAGCAAAUUUGGAGAGGGAGAGGAGAGGGAGAGGGAGAGGGAGAAAGAGAAACCAUCUUUCAACUGGUUCACUCCCGAAAUGGCUAUGAUGGCUGGGUCUUGGCCAGAUUGAAGCCAGGAGCCAGGAGUUUCUUAGCCCUUUUGGGUGAUGGGUCCAAGCAUUUGAGAUAUACUCUACAACUUUCCCAGACCAUUAGCAGGGAGCUGGAUCAGAAACAGAGCUACUGGGAUCUGAACCUGUACCAUAGUGAAUGCUGGCAUAGCAGGUUGUGGCUUUACCUGCUUCAAUACAAUGCCAGCCCAAAAUAUUUUCUUGAUUUUUAAACUAUUUAUUUGCUUGAAAGUCAAAGUUACAGAGGGAGAAGGAGAGACAGAGAAGUCCUACAUUCACUAGAUCCCUCCCCAAAUGGUAACAAUUUUUUUUUUUUUUGACAGGCAGAGUGGACAGUGAGAGAGAGAGAGAGAGAAAGGUCUUCCUUUGCGGUUGGUUCACCCUCCAACGGCCACUGGUGUCGGUACGCUGCGGCCAAAGGUAGGAGCCAGGUGCUUCUCCUGGUCUCCCAUGGGGUGCAGGGCCCAAGUAUUUGGGCCAUCCUCCACUGCACUCCCUGGCCACAGCAGAGGGCUGGCCUGGAAGAGGGGCAACUGGGACAGAAUCCGGCACCCUGACCGGGACUAGAACCUGGUGUGCUGGCGCCGCAAGGCGGAGGAUUAGCCUAGUGAGCCGCGGCACUGGCCCCCCAAAUGGUAACAAUUGCCAGUGCUGGGCAAGGUCUCCCGUGUAAAUGCAGGAGCCCAAACAUUUCAUCUUCUUCUGGUUUCCUAGGUACACUAGCAGGGAGCUGCAUUGGAAGUAGAAGAAAUGCGUUGUGAACCAGCACCUAUAUAAGAUGCUGGCAUUGCAGGUUGUGGCUUAACCUAUUACAACACAACACUGGCCCCUUUCUGAGUUUUAAUCUUCAUCAGUAUUUAUAAGAUAGGAUAAAAGUUGAUGACUUGGUAAAUCUAAGCUGAACACAUUGUAGAAUAACCUGAUUUUCUCAAAUGACAAAGUAUUAGUGAGUAGAAUAAAAAUUAUUAACUGGCCGGUACCAUGGCUCACUUGGCAGGUGGAGACCUGCAGUGCUGGCACCCGUUUCUAGUCCUGGUUGGGGCACUUCAUUCUGUCUCGGUUGCUCCUCUUCUAGUCCAGCUCUCUGCUGUGGCCCAGGAAGGCAGUGGAGGAUGGCCCAAGUGCUUGGGCCCUGCACCCACAUGGGAGACCAGGAGGAAGCACGUGGCUCCUGGCUUCAGAUCAGCGCGGUGCGCUGGCUGUAGCAGCCAUUUAGGGGAUGAAGGAAGACCUUUCUCUCUCUCUCUCUCACUUUCACUGUCUAACUCUGCUUGUCAAAAAAAUCAUUAACUGUAAAUGUAAUUUACAUUUUUGCCAUUCUUUUUUGUAUAAAAUUUAGACAUAAAUGGAUUUUUGACUGUCAGUUUAUCAAAAGCCCAACUAUAGGCAGAGGAGAGAAUAUCCACUAACAUAGGUUUUUACACUUCAUAUUUUCAGUGCACUUGAAUCAACGUGAUCUCAUCAAACUCUGUUCUAGAGGGUAAUAGAAUAUUUGGCUUGGAGCAGUGUUCACCUGCAGUAUUACACAGGUUUUAUCAUAAAGUGUAGUUUGAUGUUUGGAUCCUUUUAAGGGAUAUAGGAACUACACAGAGCAUUGAAUUUGGAAAAUAAAUGGCUUUUAAUCAGAUCAUGGCUAGUCCAGAACUUCACCACUUCAUAAUUUAAUGUUCUUGGGAAACCAACUACUUAGUUUCUUUAGGUUUCAGUUUCAUUUUCUUUAAAGUUAGAUAAUAGAAGUGAUCCCAUUUUUUUCUGAAAACAUAAAGUGUUGGAAAUAUUGUUUAGUAUAGAAUAAAUAAUAGCUGUUAUUUUUACGAUCUCUUGAUUUUUUACUAGCUGAAAAAAAUCUAAAUGCCAUUUGUACAUGAUAUUAUACCUUACAAAUUUAGGUACAACUGAAGAAUUAAUUGAAAUAAAGUUGUGUACAUUCAACUUUAGAUUCAUAAUUUGAAACUUCAUAUUUCUCUACAUUGAAUAAUAAACAUUCAUUUCCCCUUUUAUUAGAUUAGAUUAAGCCAUCUGCUACCUAAUUUUCUAGAUACUAUUAUUUAUUUACUCAUUUGUGAUUUGUGAUGGUACAUUCAUAUUUUGAAAAAAGAGUAAAUUAAUGGUGUCAUUUUCUUGUUCAAAAACGACCAUUGAUUUUGGGACCAGCAUUGUUGCUUAAGAGGUAAAAUCAAUGCUUGCUAUGUUGGCAUCCCAUAUGUGUGCUGCUUGAAAUCACAGCUUCUCUAUUUCUGAUCCAGUUCCCUGCUAAUGGUUUGAAAAACUCAGCAGAAAAUGGCCCAAGUGUUUGGGCCCCUGCGUACUUGUGAGAGACCUGGAAGAAGUGUGUGCUGCUUGAAAUCACAGCUUCUCUAUUUCUGAUCCAGUUCCCUGCUAAUGGUUUGAAAAACUCAGCAGAAAAUGGCCCAAGUGUUUGGGCCCCUGCAUACUUGUGAGAGACCUGGAAGAAGAUUCUGUCUCCAGCCUUCAUCCUGGAGCAGCCCCUGUCCCAGUUGUUGCAGCCAUUUGGGGAGUGAACCAGUGAUGGAAGACCUCUCUCUAUCUCUCUGUUUCUCUAACUCUGCUUUUCAACUAAAUUUAAAAAACUAAAAUAAGGUAAUAUUCUGCUUGGGUACAUCUUACUAAGAACAAAGAGUGUACUUUUUAACUGUGUCAGGUGUUUUUCAUUCAUCACAUAUUCAUUCCCUGUACUAAACUCACAAAUGAGUCUGAAUGUUUUGAAAUCAUUUCAAGGUAAAUUAUGAUAAAUUAAGAUGCUAAUCAUAGCCUACAAAUCAGCGACCAGAAAAUAAUAAGAAGAGGUAUUCAAAUCAUCCACAGAAAUAGAAAUAAAAUCAGAUAUCAACAGAAAAGUAUGCAGCAAAAAUUGUCUAUCAUAAAUGCAAAAGAAAUAAUAAAAUGUAAGACUGAAAUUCAACCACAUAAGUAACCUGAUUAAGUUUAAGUGGUAUGAAAACCCACAAAAAUGUCAGUUUUAACAGAAUAAAUAUAAACAAAACACAAAUAUAUACCAGUCAGAAUUAAUACAUGUUAAAGAUAAAGACAUGAAUGUGUUAAAAAUAAAGGUCCAUCUGUUAACACUAGCCAAACGAGGUCCCAUUUUUUUAACUUUUAUUUAAUAAAUAUAAAUUUCCAAAGUACAGCUUAUGGAUUACAGUGGCUUUUUCCACCCUAUAACUACCCUCCCACCGGCACCCCUCCCAUCUCCCACUCCCUCUCCCAUCCUAUUCACAUUAAGAUUCAUUUUCAAUUAUCUUUAUAUACAAAAGAUCAAUUUAGUAUAUUUUAAGUAAAGAUUUCAGCAGUUUGCACCCACACAGAAACACAAAGUGUAAAGUACUGUUUGAGUACUAGUUAUAACAUUAAUUCACAUUGUACAGCACACAAAGGACAGAGAUCCUACAUGAAGAGUAAGUGCACAGUGACUCCUGUUGACUUAACGAAUUGACACUCUUGUUUAUGGCAUCAGUAAUCACCCUAAGCUCUUGUCAUGAGUUGCCAAGUCUUGGUUUUUUUUUUUGCCAGAGUGUCUUGGCUUUCCAUGCCUAAAAUACUCUCAUGGGCUCUGAGGCCAGAUCCAAAUGCCUUAAGGGCUGAUUCUGAGGCCAGAGUGCUGUUAGGACAUCUGCCAUUCUAUGAGUCUGCUGUGUAUCCCGCUUCUCAUGUUGGAUCAUUCUCUCACCUUUUUAUUCUAUCAGUAUUAGCAGACACUAGUCUUGUUUAUAUGAUCGCUUUGAUUCUUAAUCCUGUCAUUAUUAUCAAUUGUGAACUUUAACUGAUCACUUUAGCUAGUGAGAUGGCAUUGGUACAUGCCGCCUUGAUGGGACUGAAUAGGAAUCCCCUGGCACGUUUCUAUCUCUACCGUUUGGGGCAGGUCAGCUUGCACAUGUCCCAAAUUGUACAUUUCCUCCCUCUCUUAUUCCCACUCAUAUUUAACAGGAUUCACUUUUCAGUUAAAUUUCAACACCUAAGAAUAAUUGUGUGCUUUUUUUUUUAAACAUUUUUUUUUUAAUUUUUUUGACAGGCUGAGUGGACAGUGAGAGAGAGAGAGACAGAGAGAAAGGUCUUCCCUUUGCCAUUGGUUCACCCUCCAAUGGCCACCGCGGGCAGUGUGCUGCGGCCGGUGCACCUCGCUGACCCAAUGGCAGGAGCCAGGUACUUAUCCUGGUCUCCCAUGGGGUGCAGUGCCCAAGUACUUGGGCCAUCCUCCACUGCACUCCCUGGCCACAGCAGAGAGCUGGCCUGGAAGAGGGGCAGCAGUGACAGAAUCCGGCGCCCCGACUGGGACUAGAACCUGGUGUGCUGGCGCGGCAAGGCGGAGGAUUAGCCUAGUGAGCCGUGGCACUGGCCUAUUGUGUGUUUAUUAGAGAGUUCAACCAAUACUAUUAAGUAGAACAGAAAAAAAAAUACUAAAAGGGAUAAAGUAUUAAGUUGUUCAUCUUCAUUCAGGACAAGGGCUGAUCAAGUCACUCUUUCUCAUAGUGUCCUUUUCACUUUAGCAGGUUUCCUUUUUUGUAGUUGGUUAGUUGUCACCGAUCUGGGAGAACAUAUGAUAUUUGUCCCUUUGGGACUGGCUUAAUUCACUCAGCAUGAUGGUUUCCAGAUUCCUCUGUUUUGUUGCAAAUGACCGGAUUUCAUUGUUUUUGACUGCUGUAUAGUAUUCUAUAGAGUACAUGUCCUAUAAUUGCUAUAUGCAGUCUUCUGUUGAUGGGCAUUUAGGUUGAUUCCAUGUCUUAUUGAUUGUGAAUUGAGCUGCAAUAAAAAUUAAGGUGCAGACAGCUUGUUUGUUUGCCAAUUUCAUUUCCUUUGGGUAAUUUCCAAGGAGUGGGAUGGCUGGGUUGUAUGGUAGGGUUAUAUUCAGGUUUCUGAGGAAUCUCCAGACUGACUUCCACAGUGGCUUAACCAAUUUGCAUUCCCACCAACAGUGGGUUAAUGUCCCUUUUCCCCCACAUCCUCGCCAGCAUCUGUUGUUGGUAGAUUUCUGAAUAUGAGCCAUUCUAACCGGGGUGAGGUGAAACCUCACUGUGGUUUUGAUUUGCAUUUCCCUGAUGGCUAGUGAUCUUGAACAUUUUUUCAUGUGGCUUUUGGCCAUUUGGGGUCUUUUCCAAGAAGUCUUUGCCAGUGCCGAUAUCUUGCAGGGUUUAUCCAAUGUUCUGUAAUAAUUUGAUGGUGUCGGGUUGUAGAUUUAGGUCUUUAAUCCAUGUUGAGUGAAUUUUUGUGUAAGGUGUAAGGUAGGGGUCUUGCUUCUUGCUUCUGCAUUUGGAAAUCCAGUUUUCCCAGCACCAUUUAUUGAAUAGGCUGUCCUUACUUCAGAAUGGCUCUAGAUCCUUGAUCAAAUAUAAGUUGGCUGUAGAUGUUUGGGUUGUUUUCUGGUGUUUCUAUUCUGUUCCAUUGGUCUAUCCAUCUGUUUCUGUACCAGUACCAUGCUAGUUUGAUCAUAACUUCCCUAUAGUAUGUCCUGAAAUCUGGUAUUGUGGUGUCUCUCGCUCUCUUUUUAUUGUACAAGAUUGCUUUUCGAGGUUUCCUGUACCUCCAUGCUCAUAGAUUGGAGAAUUUUCAUUCUCAUGGAAGAUGUCCCAUAUUUACAUACAGCAAUGGUAAUUACUUUUAUUUUUGUUAUUGUUGUUGGAAAGCUUAUAUUUAAUAAAUAUAAGUUUCAGAAGUACUGCUUUUGUAAUAUAACAGUUCUUCCUCUCCAUAGCUACCCUCCCACCCCCACUCGUGUCCCACCUCCUACUCUCUCUCCCAUCCCAUUCUUCAUUAAGAUUCUUUUUAAAUAAUCUUCAUAUACAGAAGAUCAACUCUAUACUAAGUAUAUAUCUCAACAAUUUGCACCCACAUAGACAACAAAUGUAUAAGUACUGUUUUAAGAUAAGUUUUAUCAUUAAUUCUCAUAAUAUAACUCAUUAAGGACAGAGAUACUAUAUGGGAAGCAAGUGCCCAAUGACUCCUCUUUUUGAUUUAACUGUUGAGACUUUCAUGGUAUCAGUGAUGACCCAAGACUCUUGUCCUGAGCUUCCAAGGCUGUGGAAGCCUUUGGAGUCCACAAAUUCCAUCAUUAUUUAGACAGGGCCAUAAGCAAAGUAGAAUUUCUCUCCUCCCUUUAGAGCAAAAUACAUCCUUCUUUGAUGGUCCAUUCUUUCCACUGGGAUCUCACAGCGAUCCUUCAUGUAGGCCAUUUUUUGCCAAAGUGUCUUGGAUUUCCAUGCAUGAAAUACUCUUAUGGGCUUUUUUAGCCAGAUCUGAAUGUACUUAGGGCUGAUUCUGAGGCCAGAGUGCUGUUUAUGGUGUUUGUCAUUCUAUGAGUCUACUCUGUGGCCUAUUUGCCAUGUUGAAUCAUUCUCUGCUUUUUAAUUCUCUUUUUCUUAUUAGCAGACACUUGGUCAUAUUUAUGUGAUCCCUUUGAUAUUUAUUCCUAUCUUUAUGUUCAGUUGUGUACUUAAAAUUAUCACUUUUACUAGAAAGAUGUCAUUUGUACCUUCCAACAGAAUGGGUUUUGGAGUCCCAUGACAAGUUUUAGCUUUACCCUUAGGUGUAAGUUCAUGAGAAGGGGUGAAAAACUGUACAUGUCCUCCCUCUCUUAUUCCCAUUCUUAUUCUUUCCAGGGAUCAAUUUUCAAUUGGAUUUAAACACCUAAGAAUAUUUCUUCGUUAAGUAAAGAAUUCAACCAGUGGUAUCAAGUAGAAAAAGAAUAACGAAAAGAAUAAAAUCUGUUCCUUGACAGUCAGGAAAAGAGCUGAUCAAAUUAUUGCUUCUCAUAGUGUCAAUUUCACUUCUAGAGGUUUCUUAUUAGGUGCUCAAUUAUUUGUCACAGAUCAGGGAAAACAAAUGAUAUUUGUCCCCUUUGUACUGGCUUAUUUCAUUCAGUAUGAUUUUUUCCAGAUUCCUCCAUUUUGUUGCAAAUGGCCGGAUUUCAUUUUUUGUUUUUACCACUGUGUAGUAUUCCAUAGAGUACAUAUCCCAUAAUUUCUUUAUCCAUUCUUCUGUUGAUGGGCAUAGGUUGAUUCCAUGUCUUAUGCAUUAUGAAUUGAGUUGCAAUAAACAUGGUGGUACAGGUAGUUAUUUUAUUUUCUGAUUUCAUUUCUCUUGGUUAAAUUCUGAGUGGGUGGAUUGCUGGGUCAUAUGGUCAGACUAUAUUCAGAUUUCUGAGGUAUCUCCAAACUGUCUUCCAUGGUGGUUUUACCAGUUUUGAUUUCUACGAACAGUGGAUUAGGGUACCUUUUUUCCCACAUCCUUGCCAGCAUUUGUUGUUUGUUGAUUUCUGGAUGAAAGUCAAUCUAACCAGAUUGAUGUGAAAUCUCAUUGUGGUUCUGAUAUGCAUUUCCUUGAUGGCUAGUGAUCUUGAAAAUUUCUUCAUGUGUCUUUUGGACAUUUGGAUUUCCUCUUUUAAAAAAUGUCUUCUUAGGUCCUUUGCCUAUCUCUUAAGUGGGUUGUUUUGUUGUGGAGUUUUUUGAUCUCUUUGUAAUUGCUGGUUAUUAAUCCUUUGUCAGUUGCAUAGUUUGCAAAGAAUUUCUCCCAUUCUGUCAGCUGCCUCUUCACAUUUCUUACUGUUUCUUUUGCUGUACAAAAACUUCUCAACUUGAUGUAAUCCCAGUUGUUAAUUUUGGCUUUGGCUGCCUGUGCCUAUGGGGUCUUUUCCAAGAAGCCUUAGCCUGUGCCAAUAUCUUGCAUGGUUUCUUCAAUGUCCUCUAAUAAUUUGGUGUCAGGUUAUAGAUUUAGAUUUUUAAUCCAUGUUGAGUGAAUUUUUUGCUUCAUUCUUCUGCAUGUGGAAUUUUUACCCAGCGCCAUUAGUUGAAUCAACUGUUUUUGGUCCAGGAGUUGGUUUUAUCUCCUUCAUCAAAUAUAAGUUGGUUGUAGAUGUUUGGAUUGUGUUUUUAAUUUGUUAAUUGGUUUAUUCCAUCUGUUUCAGUAUUAGUACCAGGCCAUUUGAUUAUAAAUGUCCUGUAGUAUGUCUUGAAAUCUGGUAUUGUGAUGCCCUGGCAUUGUUUUCGUUGUAUGAGAUUACUUUAGCUAUUUGAGGUCUCCCGAAACUUCAUAUGAAUUUCAGCAUCAUUUUUUAUGGAUCUGCGAAGAAUGUUUUUGGUAUUUUCACUGGUAUCACAUGGAAUGUGUAAACUGCUUUUGGAAGAAUAGACAUUUUGUUGAUAUUGAUUCUUCCAAUCUAUGAACAUGGAAGAUUUUUCCAUUUUUCUGUUUCUUUGACAUCCUUGGUUAAGUUUAUUCCAAGGUAUUUGAUUUUUUUUGGUAAAUAUUGUGAAUGGGAUUCAUUUUAGCAAUUCUUUCUCAGUGUGGCAUUUUCUGUGCAUACAAAGGCAAUUAACUUUUUUUUUUUUUUUUGGACAGGCAGAGUUAGACAGUGAGAGAGAGAGAGACAGAGAGAAAGGUCUUCCUUUUCUGUUGGUUCACUCCCCAAAUGGCCGCUAUGGCUGGCAUGCUGCACUGAUCAGGAGCCAGGUGCUUCCUCCUGGUCUCCCAUGUGGGUGCAGGGCCCAAGCACUUGGACCUUCCCCCACUGCAUUCUGGGGCACAGCAGAGAGCUGGAAUGGAAGAACAACCAGGACAGAAUCCGUUGCCCCAACCGGGACUAGAAAUGGGGGUGCCAGCACCGCAGGCAGAGGAUUAGCCAAGUGAGUGGUGGCGCUGGCUUAAGGCUGUUGAUUUUUGUGUAUUAAUUUUAUUCCUGCUUUUACCAAACCCUUCUAUGAGUUUCAGUAGCCUCUCAGUUGAGUCUUGUGGAUUUCCUAUAUAAAGAAUCAUGUUAUCUGCAAAUAGGGAUAGUUUGACAUUUUGCUUCCCAUUUUGUAUCCCUUGUCUCUUUCUUGCCUAAUGGUUCUGGCUAAAACUACUAGUAAAAUAUUGAAUAGCAAUGAUGAAAGUGGGCUGGUACCGGCUCUCAGUGGAAAUGUUUCCAACUUUUGCCCAUUCAAUAGGAUGCUGGCUGUGGGUUUGUCAUUAAUUGCCUUUAUUGUGUUGAGGAAUGUUCCUUCUAUACCCAUUUUGCUUAGAUUUUUCAUCAUGGAAGGGUGUUGUAUUUUAUCAAAUGUUUGCUCUGCAUCUAUUGAGAUAAUCAUAUAGUUUUUCUUUAGCAGCUUAUUGAUGUGGUGUAACACAUUGAUUGAUUUGUGACUGUUGAACCAUCCAUGCAUAAGGGAUAAAUCCCACUUGGUCCUGGUGGAUGAUCUUUCUGAUGUGUUGUUGGAUUCAGUUGGCUAUAAUUUUGUUGAACAUUUUUGCAUCUAUGUUCAUCAGGGAUAUUGGUUUGUAAUUUCUUUUAAUGUUGCAUCUUUUUCAGGUUUAGGAAUUAAUGUGAUGCUAUCUUUUUAGAAAGAAUUUGGGAGGAUUCCCUCUCUUUCAAUUGCUUUGAAUAACUUCAGAGUUAUUUGAGUUAGUUCUUCUUUAAAUGUCUGGUAGAAUUCAGCAGUGAAUCCUUGUUGUCCUGGGCUUUUCUUUGUUGGGAGGGCAUUUAUUAGUGGUUCAAUUUCCCUCUUGGUUAUGGGUCUGUUUAGAUUUUUGAUGUCUUCAAUUUAGGUAGGUUGUAUGAGUGUAGGAAUUUAUGCGUUUCUGCUAGGUUUCCCAGUUGGGCAUACAACUCUUUGUAGUGAUUUCUAAUGAUUCUUUUUAUUUCCGUUUGGCAUUUGUGGAAAUACCUGUUUUUUUUAUUAUUUAUUUAUUUAUUUUUUGUGGUAGUAGCUUUUAUUAUUGUACUAUGACUCUGUAGAUAAGUGGAAUGUCUGCUUUCAAUGAAUCUCUGGAGGUUUGUAGUAGGUGUGGUCAGAGAGCUCUGUUUAGUUCUUCAGGGUUAAGGGCAUGCCUAAGGUGACAUACUCAGGUUUGGUGUGGUAAAUCUUCUAGAUCUCUCUCUCUCUCUUUUCUUUAAUCAGAAGGGAACUUUGUUCUGCUCAGCUGAGGUCCUCUCCUCAAUGGAGACCAGUUCCUGAGCACUAGCCCCAGUGCUUAUAAGGGUAUAAUAUUCAUCUGCUCUGUCCCAAAGACCAGACAAUGGGUCUGUGCAGUCUUCAGUGUAAGAUCAGAUUUCCCAGCAAUGUAACCAGGUAACCAGGAACCCCCAUGCUUGUGGAGUCUAUCACUGAGACUGCUCAAAGUCCCAGCCACACUGUGAGUCCUCCCUAACUCUCAGUUUUUUCCACAUUCUUGGUUCAGAAGCUUCACACAGCGCAAACUCCUAGUUACCUGUUAGUUCUCCCCACCAGAGUCAGGAGUUUUCACUCAGUUGGUUGCUUGGUGCAGACAUGGGCUAGCACAGCUGUUACAUAUGUUCAAAAUGGCACCUGCUCUGCUGGCUUCUUAGAAUACCUGUAACAGUCUUGUAAAAUGAUCAGGGAAGAGAGACAUGCCCAUCCCAUUUUUUUUUCUCUCCUCUAAUUUGGCUGGUACACUUCCACCCAUUGGGCUCAAAGUCUGGUUCCCUCUAGGUUCUACCUAACACUUUUUCGCCAGUGGCUUUGGCUGCUGUGGUCUGGUCUCACCUCACUUUCCAGCACUGGUGCAUAGGCUCUAGGCUGUUGUAGUCCUGAGCAGUGGGUGCCCAUGCACUCCACAUAGGUUCAUCGUGUCCCUCGAAUUUUGGUAGAGUUUUCUCUGCCCUUUUUUCCCUAACUUCCCAGAGACUAUACUAUCUUCCCUUUUUUAAACUAUCUUCUCCUAGGCUAGAGCAGUAAGCUCCCUUCCCAGUCCACCAUCUCAGAAACUCCAAUGUCAAUUUCAAAACAAAGAAUGUAAUUCUCAUUAAACGAAUUUAUUUGUCAGUUAUAAUGGGGAGAAUCAAGCAGGAGAUCAUAACAUUCUUUUUUAAAAGAUUUUUUUUUUAUUUGAUAGGCCAUGUGACUAGAGGGAAAAGCAGAAAUAGAUUUUCUAUUCACUGGUUUACACCCUAAAUGGCUUUGAUGGGCCAGUCUAGGCCAGGUCGAAUCCCAGAACUCCACCUGGGUGUCCUCCAGGAGUGGCAGGGCCCAAGGAUUGGACCAUCAUCUGCUUCCUUCCCAUGUACAUUAGCAGGGAGCUGGAUCAGUAACAGAGUACCUGGUACUAGAAUUGGUGCUUGCAUAUGGGAUGCUGAUGUUUUAAGUGGUGCCUUAAUCCACUGUGUCCCAAAACUGGCCCAAUGUCAGUGAUCCUAAUAGCAAAACUUCAAAAUACAUGAAGAAAAUAUUGAUAGAACUGCCAGAAAAUAGCCAUUCAACAAAAUUGAUAUUAAACAGAGGUUCCAAUGCCAUAUUGAAGGCAUAUAACAUUUAUCAAAAGAGUGAUAUUCCAGAUUAUGAAACUCUCUGAAUAUAUUUAUAAGAAUAUAAUUUAUUAUAUAAAGGUAAGGGUUAUCUAUUCUACUUCAGUAUUGUACCAGGCAUUUCAAUCUGUUAAGAUAAGAUGAUUUGAACUCGUUUUUCCAAGAAACCUUUAUAAAUUUCAUCAACUUUUCUUUGUGAACUUUGGUCUUCAUGAUACAUUCAAUCCUGUCCCAUGCAGCUGUGUUUCUGAGAUUGACAUGACUCCACCUUCAUUUUCCAAGAACUUUAAUCCAAUGCUGUUUGCAAAUAGGGCAUUAGGAAAUGCUUAUCCAGAUAGUUUGCAAAGAAAAAUGAUAUUUUCUUCCUUUUGGCUACUUACAGUAGCAAACCUCUUGUUACUAUAAUUGGAAUGUCUGACAAAAAUAGUUAUCCUUUCUCAGCUUUAGGACAAAGCUAUCACUGACAUGUAUAGAAGUAGAAUAGAAUGACAUCUCAAUUUUGAGUUGGUAAAUUAACCAAAUUCUAUGUUACAAGACACAAUAAGAUGUGUUCUGUGAUAUUUUUAUAAAAUCAGCAUUCUUCAAUAAGUAAUCAUAGAAUUAUUGUUUGUAAUUUGUUCUAUAAAGGUUAUGAUAUAAUUAUUAAAUAUAUCUGCAACUACUAUUUUUUAUAAUACUAAUAUUUGAAAUUGAAUGGCUGUAUAUAACUAAAGAGGGCACAACAAAUGGAACUCUUACUAAUUUAAUUAUUUUGAAGUGUGUAGCUACCAUUUUUUUGCACUUUUGUUCUGAAAGAUUUACAAAUCAUUAUAUUCAGGCAUUUUAUCAUCCUUUUAACUUUCAUUCACAUGUAUUUUCUUGUGUAGAUUUGAAAAUUGUCAAUUUUUCUGAAUACUGUAGGAUUAACUGCACUUUUUAAGAAAAAAAUUAAAGAUGAUAAAAUAUAUAUUGUAAAGAAGGGAUGCCAAGAAAUUUGGAUAACACCUUGAAUAAGAUGGUUUACAUUUUCUGGAAAAUGUCCUUAUGUUAUGAGGCUGUCAUGUGUGUUUUAGUAAUUAGAAGUUAGUGAAUUUAGUGAAUGUGUUUCACAAAUGUACAGAUGAUGUCCUAUUUAUUGAUAGAUAAUUUAGGGGAAUAGAGAAGUAGAUACAUGGAAAUCAUUACUAGAAUAUUCAUUUAUGUUCAUAGUGUUUCUGUGCUGUUAUAUAGUGGCUGAUAUAUAUUGUGGUUAAACAAAUAUAAAUUGUUUAAACUUUGCAGUGAAAAAGUCACUACAUCUUCCCAUUUAAAAACUUUCUGUAUAUCAGGUAUAGACAUCUGCAUCAAAUAUUGGAAUUUUGAAAAACAAAGAAUAUGUCUUAAAAUUAAAAGUUAAAAAUAAACGAACUAAACUUAUUGCUAUUGUAGUUUGGCAUACAUUUAAGAACAGUUAAUAUUUAAGAUUCAUAUAGUAAUACAUUAAAUACAUUAAAAAGCAUGCCCUCAGGUUGAAUGGAACAUCAGUUAUAUUGCGUGGAAAACCUGCAUCUUGGGAUCAGUUCUUAUUUCCUCUUAUUCCAGCCUCUAACUAAUGAACACUCUGGAUGGUAGUGGUGACGGUUCAAGUAGUUGGUUUCUGUUGCCCUUGUGAGUGAUUCAGAUUCAGUUCUGCCUUCUCGUUUCAGCGUGGCUUAGUCUCAAUUUUUGUGGCAUUUGGAGCAUGAAAAAGUGACUAGAAGCUCUCUCUCUCUCUCUCUCUGUAUUGUCUCAACCUCCAUCUUUUUCUUUCUUUUAAAAAAUAGUAACAACUAAAAAAAAAAAAAAAAUAGUAACAACUGGCCGGCGCCGUGGCUCAACAGGCUAAUCCUCCGCCUGUGGCACCGGCACACCGGGUUAUAGUCCCGGUCAGAGCACCGGAUUCUGUCCCGGUUGCUCCUCUUCCUGUCCAGUUCUCUGCUAUGGCCCGGGAGUGCAGUGGAGGAUGGCCCAAGUCCUUGGGCCCAGGAGAAGCAUCUGGCUCCAGGCUUCGGAUCAGCGCAGUGCGCCUGCCGCAGUGGCCAUUGGAGGGUGAACCAACGGAAAAAGGAAGAUCUGUCUUUCUCUCUCUCUCACUGUCCACUCUGCCUGUCAAAAAAAAAAAAAAAAAGUAACAACUAGUAACAAUAAUAAAAUAUUUUUGGGGGGACUGGUGCUGUGGUACAGUGGGUGAAAGCCCUGGCCUGCAGUGCUGGCAUCCCACAUAGGUGCUGGUUUAUGUCCUGGCUGCCCCAUUUCUGAUCCAUCUCUCUGGUAAUGCACCUGGGAAAUCAGCAGAGGAUGGCUCAAGUGCUUGGAUCCCUGCACCCACAUGGGAGACCCGGAAGAAGCUUCUGGAUUCAGAUCAGCCCAUCUCCAACCACUAAGGCCAUCUGAAGAAUGAACUUGCGAUGGAAGACCUUUCUCUCUCUCUCUCUGGCUCUCUCUCUUUCUGUGACUCAAUCUUUCAAAUAAAUAAAGUAAAUCUUUUAAAAAGGUAUUUAUUCUAUUUUUAUAACCCUAAAAUUUAAAUUAUCAUUUUAAGUAAAAAUUAAGUGCUGCAUACACUUAUGAGCUACUAACCAUUGUGUUGGGCCAUAUAUUUAUUAUCAUUGUGAUGUAUAUUAAUAAGUCAACUAUAGUUACUUUUUUAUAUAUUAUAAGUUACAGUGAAUGUUUUUGUGAGAUAAACAUAGAAAAAUAAUCCUGUUGCCUUUUUUUUUUUUUUUAACUCAGACCAUGGGUUACACUAACUACUGUGAAUGAAUUGAGAAGCAUAACUCUCAGUGUUGAGAAAAAUUCUCUAUAAUACCAACCAUUUUGUCAACAAUUAUAAUUAAUAUUGUCAUUUAUAAGCAGAAAGCUACCUAGUUUUCUUUCUUUUAAAACCACUUGUCAACCCAAAUAUAAGGAUCUCCAAGAGAAAAUGGGUUGUCAGUGUUUGUCUUCAAGAACAACUAGUUCACAUAUGCUAUUGUUAGUAUUAAAGAAAUGACAAUAAAGUUUUUGGUUUUUAAGAAGUGGUUGGAAAAUAAUGUUAUCCAUCCAUUCUUUCACCAAACAAAAGUUUACUGAGUUAUUGCUAUGGGCUUUUCAUUGUUUUGGUCUCAGUGUUUAAUAUUAUUAUUAUUUGUUUUAAUUCCAAGAGUUACAGAGAGAGGUAGAGACAGAGAGAGGUCUUCCGUCCAUGGACUUGGGCCAUCUUCCACUGCUUUCCCAGGCCGUAGCAAAGAGGUGGAUCAGAGAGGAGCAGCCAGGACUAGAACCAGUCCCCAUAAAGGAUGCUGGCGCUUCAGGCCAGGGCUUUAACCACUGUGACACAGCACCAGACCUGAGUGCUUAAUAUUAUUAAUACACAAUCACACCCACCUCUUAGCCAUUCUUUUUUUUUUUUUUUUUUUUUGAAGAUUUUAUUUAUUUAUAUGACAGGUAGAGUUACGGACAGUGAGGGAGACAGAUAGAGAGAAAGGUCUUCCUUCCGUUGGUUCACUCCCCUAAUGGCCGCAAAGGCCAGAGCCACGCCAAUCCAAAGCCAGGAAUCAGGUGCCUCCUCCUAGUCUCCCAUGUGGGUGCAGGGGCCCAAGGACUUGGGCCAUCUUCCACUGCUAUCCCAGGCCAUAGCAGAGAGCUGGACUGGAAGAGGAGCAACGGGGACUAGAAACAGUGCCCAUAUUGGAUGCUGGCACCACAGGCGGAGGAUUAACCCAGUGCACCAAAGCACUGGCCCUCUCUUAGCCAUUCUUUAACAUUAUCAUGUAGUAGAUUGAACAAAUUUCCAUAAUUUAUAAUAAUCAGAACAAAAUACAGGCAUGGAUGAAUGAAUGAAUUUUAGUCAUUCUGUUGUAAUGUGAAUAGUAAAAAUCAUUUUUGAGCACUACGUGUUUUACAAGUACUUUUUUCAGAAACAUGCUCACAUAGCUUCAUUUCAAACCAGCAAUAACUUUUUAAGGUAAGUACCCUUAUCCUUGGUUGGUAAGGGGAGUUAUUUAAAGGCAAAAACUAUGUACAUGGUUACAGUCAUGCACAGAAUAGCAGAGUCAAGGCUCUCUGAUGCCUGCACAUUUCCUACACUAUUAUCCAAAGGUUCAAGUCAUAUAUGAUGAAAUGUCAAACAGUAUGAAGCACAGCACAAUUUUUGCUCUAAUUUCUAUGUCUAUACUUGAGUUAGUUGAUAAUAGUUAGAAGGAGGCAGGGAGAGAAGUACAGAGGUUUAAUUUGAUUUGUGAAGGAUAAUCAGGGUAAGUGAAUGUGACAGAAGUAAAAAGAGCCUCCUUGGAAAAACCAAAGAUUUCUGCAACUGGAUGUCAGAAUGCCUCCCAGGCAGGCCAAUGAUAUCCCCAAGAAUCAAGGGGGAGAUUGUGUACCUCUGGUUGAUGAAGAAUAGUAACGGGUUCACAGACAGGGAUAACCUAAUCCUAUUUGUGAUUCUGAGUAAUUUUCCUAGCAACGAUGUGAAAUGAGAAUGAUCCUAGACAGAAUAUGGAAAAUAUUCUACUUAAAUUUGGGAAGUAAGAUGAAUGACUAAGAGGAGUGGUAGGCAGAUAUGAAUGAAAGAUUAACACAAUUCCAUUAAUACAUGGAGAAGAUAUAGAUGAGAACUCAGCUUUAUUAGUGAAUAAAGUAACAUUCAUAAUCAAAUGCAAUAUUUGAUUGUAUUUUUUGCCCUUUGUCUCAUCUCAUGAAGGAUCAUCAAAACUGUUCUCCAUUGCUGCCAAAAAUCCCUGAUUAAGAAGUGUUUGACUACAUCUUGCUUCCUUGUCCUCUGAAUUUGUUCCCUUGUUACUCCAUUAUACUACUUUCUGAAUGAAACUAACCAGAAGCAAAUAGCAAGAGUAACUGUUGUGGUGAUUCUUCUGGCAUAGAGUGAACAGCCAGUUCAGAUUCUGUGGAGCGUAAACAUAUGAACAGCAAACCACACUUGCUACACUAUAGCAAGCUGGCUGCUGACCAUAUAUUGAUGAUGAGGUUUGAAAUUUAAAGUGCAGCAAAGAAUGGUUAUGUAGAAUUUUAGAAUAUGUGUGUGAGAGAAUGGUGCCAGCUAAAUGAGCCCUCAGUAGAAAGUAAAAAAAAAUGCAAUCUCUUCCUGUGCCUAUGGGCCUCAACCCCUUUCAGGAUCAAUUUGUUGCUCUAAGCAUUUAGGUAUAUUCACCAUGUCCUGGGGCCCUCAAAAAUGGACAGCCCAGUUCACUGGACACCCGGAGUGCUUUACAGUCACAUAUAGAGUUUCCAGUUGGGAUCAACAUCAGCAAGUAUACUCACAGUUAAGAUUCCGAUGACAGUAUAUACUUGACUUUAGAGUCAAGUAUUUACAGUAUGGUGGUAUAGACAUCAGAAUCCAGACACUAGUUCAAACCAAGUACUGACAUUAAGACUGGUGAUCAGGAAGCUGGGGCUGUGGCAUAACAGGUAAAGCUGCUGCCUGCAGUGCCAACAUCCCAUUUGGGUCCUGGUUUGAGUCCCAACUGCUCUACUUCUGAACCAGCUCCCUGCUAAUGCACCUGGGAAACCAGCGUGGGAUGUCCUAAGUUCUUGGGCCCCUUCACCCACAUGGAAGACCCAAACCAAUUUCUUGACUCCUGGCUUCAGAUUGGCCCAGCUCUGGCCAUUGCAGCCAUUUGGGAAAUGAACCUGUGAAUUGAAGAUCUCGCUCUAUCUCUUCCUCUCCUCUUUCUGUAACUCUGUCUCGCAAAUUAAAAAAAAGACUGAUGAUCAGGAAUAUGGAAUGUGAUGACCUUAGAGAAGCUGCUGAAUGGUCCAAGUGAUAUUUCCUCAUGUCUUACAAGGGAUGACAUGUGAAACUUACAUAUAAAAAUAAGAGGAAAAUGUACUCGUUUUCUGUAGGAACUUGCCAUUCUUCAAUUCAUACUUCAUUUAGAAAUUUUGUAGCUCUCCUCAUCAGUUAUAGUUAUAAGGAGGAAAUCUGCAUUCCAUGUACAACAUAAUCUUCAUAUCAAAAAAUGUGUAGCUUAGAGAAUAACUGGCACAGAAAGAACAUGGGGACUCGAGGACAACAUGAAAUGAAAGAGGCUUUGUGGACAAGAAAUUCAGUUACAUGCAAGAAGAAAUGUGUGGGCUAGCUCUACAGACUAUAAUACCACAGAAUCCAAAACUGUAUCCUUUAGGGUAUUUGACAUACAGGUGAGAAGCUUGAGUGCAUUGUGAUUUAUGAGCCUGCCAAAUACUCACCAUGUAUGAUUUUGUUACUGCUUAGCUCUUCUUUACAUCCUGCCUGCCGUGAUAUGAGUUGUGGAUCUGGCAGUCUACCCAAGAUUCUAACUCUAAUAACAAAUUGAUUCUUCACAGGGAGGCUAUUUUUUGUAAGGGUAUUCAAACCCACGCAAAAGGAGAAAUGGGAUGGUGAUUCCUCAGUGGAAUUACAGUAGUGGCCUUGUAUCAUCAAAGAAAUGACUUCACUUCUUGGAAUCUAUUUUCCUAGGUUUCUUCAUCAAAUAAGAUCUCACCAAAUUCCAACUGGGCUGCUCACCCUGUACCCCAUGCCAUGUACAUGGAACACAAUUACACAACACUAUCCAUACAUCUAUUGUAGAAAAAUUUUAUUUAAUAAAUAUAAAUUUUUGGCCAUCACCGCUGCUCACUUGGCUAAUCCUCCGCAUACAGCGCCAGCACCCCGGGUUCUAGUCCCAGUUGGGGCACCGGUUCUGUCUUGGUUGCUCCUCUUCCAGUCCAGCAUUCUACUGUUGCCUGGGAAGGCAGUGGAGGACAGCCCAAGUGCUUGGGCCCUGUACCCGCAUGGGAGACCAGGAGGAAGCACCUGGCUCCUAGCUUGGGAUCAGCACAGCGUGCCAGCCGUAGCGGCCAUUUGGGGGAUGAACCAAUGGAAGGAAGACCUUUCUCUCUGUCUCUCUCUCUCUCACUGUCUAACUCUGCAUGUAAAAAAUAUAUAUAUAAAAAAUAUAAAUUUUAAGUACAGCUAUUGGAAUAAAGCAGUUUUCCCCCCAUAACCACCGUUCCACCCCCACUCUCAUCCCACCUCCUACUCCCUCUCCCAUCCCAUUCUUCAUUAAAAUUCAUUUUUAUUUAUAUACAGAAGAUCAACUCUAUACUAAGUAAACAUUUCAACAGUUUGAACCCACACAGGCACACAAAUUAUAAAGUACUGUUUGAAAAUAAAGUUCACUAUUAAUUCUCGUAGUACAACUCAUUAAGUACAUGGGGAGCAAGUACACUAACUCCUGUUGUUGAUUUAGCAAUUGACACUAUUCUUUAUGAUGUCAAUGCUCACCCAAGGCUCUUGUCAUGAGCUGCCAGGGCUAUGGAAACCUUUUGAGUGCACAGGUUCUGUCAUUAUUUAGACAAGGCCAUAAGCAAAGUGGAAGUUCUCCCCUUCUUUCAGAGAAAGAUACCUCCUUUGAUGUUCCCUUCUUUCCACUGGGAUCUCACUCAGAAAUCUUUAAUUUAGGCCACUUUUUUGCCAGUGUCAGCUUUCCAUGUCUGAAAUGCUCUCUUGUUCUUAGCCAGAUCUGAGUGCCUGGCUAAUGCACUGAGGCCAGAGUGCUGUUUAGGGAGUUUGUCAUUCUGAGCCUGCUGUGUAACCUGCUUCCCAUGUUGGAUCAAUCUCACCUUUUUAAUUUUGUCUAUUGUUAUUAGCAGACUCUUGGUCUUAUUUAUAUGAUCUCUUGGGCAAUUAUUCCUUUCUUUAUCAGAAAUGCACUUAAAACGAUCACUUAAAGUAGUAAGAUGUCAUUAGUAUCUGCCACCUUAAUGGGAUUUGAGACCCAUGGCAGAUUUUUAGCUUUGUUUUACUCUUAGAGGUAAGUCCGUGGGAAUGUAUGCCAAUUUGUACAUCUCUUCCCUCUUUUAUUCCCACUCAUAUUUUUUUACAGGGAUCAAUUUUCAAUUGAAUUUGAAUAAUAAUUCCAUUUUAAGUAAAGGGUUCAACCAAUGGUAUCAAACAGAAAAAGAAAAUACUAAAAAGAAUAAAAUAAUUAUCUGUUCCUUGACAGGAAAAGUGCUGAUCAAGUCAUUGCUUCUCAUAGUGUCAAUUUCACUUCUAGAGGUUUCCUUUUAGAUGCUUAGUAGUCACAGAUCAGGGAGAAGAAACGCUAUUUGUCCCCUUUGGCUUAUUUCACUCAGUUUGAUGUUUUCCAGAUUUUUCCAUUUUCUUUCAAAAAACUGGAUUUCAUUUUUUUACCACUGUGUAUUAUUUCAUAAAGUACAUAUCCCAUAAUUUCUUUAUCCAGUCUUCUGUUGAUGGACAUUUAGGUUGAUUUCAUUGUACAUUGAGCCGCAAUAAAAAUGGAAGUGCUGAUAGCUUUUUUAAUUUCUCAAUUAAAUUUCCCUUGGGUAAAUUCCAAGUAGGAUGGCUAGCUUGCACGGUAGGGCUAUAUUCAGAUUUCUGAGUUAUCUCCUAACUGUCUUCCAUAGUGACUUUACCAGUUUGCAUACCCAUCAGCAGUGUAUCAGGGCACUGUUUUUCCCACAUCCUCACCAACAUUUGUUGUUUGUUGAAUUCUAUAUGAAAGUCAUUCUAACCAGGGUGAUGUGAAACCUCAUGGUGGUUUUGAUUUUCAUUUCCCUAACAGCUAGUGAUUCUGAACAUUUUUUAAUGUGUUUGUUUGCCAUUUGGAUUUCUUCUUUUGAAAAAUGUUAGUUUAAGUCCUUGGCCCAUGUCUUAAGUGGGUUGUUUUGUUGUUGUAGAAUUUCUUGAUCUCUUCUGGUUGUUAAUCUUUUAUCAGUUGCAUAAUUUGCAAAUAAUUUCUCAGAAUCUGUUCAUUGCCUUUUCAUUUUCCUGACUGUUUCUUUUGCCAUACAUUAACUUCUCAACUUGAUAUAAUCCCAGUUGUUAAUUUUGGCUUUGGCUUCCUGUGCCUCUGGGGUCUUUUUCAGGAAGUCUUUCGCUAUACAAAUAUCUUGUAGAUUUUCUCCAAGGUUCUCUAAAAAUUUGAUGGUGUUGGGUCAUAGAUUUAGAUCUUUAAUCCAUGUAGAGUGGAUUUUUGGUUAAGGUGUAUGAUAGGGGACUUCAUACUUCUGCAUGUGGAAACGUGGUUUUACCAGCACAAUUUGUUGAAUAGACUGUACUUGGUCCAGGAAUUGCUUUCAGAUCCUUGAUCAGAUAUAAGUUAGCUGUAGAUGUUUGGACUGAUUUCUGGUGUUUCUAUUCUGUUCUAUUUGUCUAUCUGUUUCUGUAAUUUUUUUUGGAUUCAAUUUUGUUAAUUUCUUAUCUAAAUUUUAAACUCUUAUUUAGUAAAUAUAAUUUUCCAAAGUACAGUUUAUGGAUUACAAUGGCUUUCCCCCCCUCAUAACUUCCCUCCCACCUGCAACCCUCCCCUUUCCUGCUCCCUCUCGCCUUCCAUGCACAUAAAGAAUAAUUUUCAAGUCUCUUUAUAUACAGAAGAUCAAUUUAGUAUAUUUUAAGUAAAGAUUUCAGCAGUUUGCACCCACACAGAACAUAAACUGUAAAAUACUGUUUGAGUACUGGUUAUAGCAUUAAUUCACAUUGGACAUCAUAUUAAGGACAGAGAUCCCACAUGAGGAUUAAGUACACAGUAACUCCUGUUGUUGACUUAACAAUUUGACACUCUUGUUUAUGGCGUCAGUAAUCUCCCUAGGCUCUAGUCAUGAGUUGCCAAGGCUAUGGAAGACUCUUGAGUUCGCUGACUUCGAUCUUAUUUAGACAAGAUCAUAGUCAAAGUGGAAGUUCUCUCCUCCCCUCAGAGAAAGGUACUUCCUCCUUUGAUGGCCCAUUCUUUCUACUGGGAUCUCACAUGCAGAGAUCUUUCAUUUAGGUCAUUUUUUUUUUCCCCAGAGUUUCUUGGCUUUCCAUGCCUAAAAUACUCUCAUGGGCUCUUCAGCCAUAUCCAAAUGCCUUAAGGGCUGAUUCUGAGGCCAGAGUGCUGUUUAGGACAUCUGCCAUUCUAUGAGUCUACUGUGUAUCCCGCUUCCGAUGAUGGAUCAUUCUCUCCCUUUUUGAUUCUAUCAGCUAGUAUUAGCAGACACUAGUCUUGUUUAUGUGAUCCCUUUGACUCUUAGACAUAUCAGUGUGAUCAGUUGUGAACAGAAAUUGAUCACUUGGACUAGUGAUAUGGCAUUGGUACAUGCCACCUCGAUGGGAUUGUAUUGGGAUCCCCUGGCAUGAUUCUAACUCCACCAUUUGGGGCAAGUCCGAUUGAGCAUGUCCCAAAUUGUACAUCGCCUCCCUCUCUUAUUCCCACUCUUAUAUUUAACAGGGAUCACUUUUCAGUUAAAUUUCAUCACCUAAAUAUAAUUGUAUGUUAAUUACAGAGUUCAAACAAUACUAUUAAGUAGAACAAAAUAAUACUGAAAGGGAUAAAGUAUUACAUUGUACAUCAAUAGGACAAGGGCUGAACAAGACACAGUUUCUCAUAGUGUCCCUUUCACUUUAACAGGUUUCCUUUUUUGUGGUUGGUUAGUUGUCACCUAUCAGGGAGAACAUAUGAUAUUUGUCCCUUUGGGACUAGCUUAAUUCACUCAGCAUGAUGUUUUCCAGAUUCCUCCAUUUUGUUGCAAAUGACUGGAUUUCAUUGUUUUUGACUGCUGUAUAGUAUUCUAUAGAGUAUAUGUCCCAUAAUUUCUUAAUCCAGUCUACUCUUGAUGGACAUUUGGGUUGAUUCCAGGUCUUAGCUAUUGUGAAUUGAGCUGCAAUAAAAAUUAAGGUGUAGACAGCUUUUAUAUUUGCCAAUUUCAUUUCCUUUGGGUAAAUUCCAAGGAGUGGGAUGGCUGGGUUGUAUGGUAGGGUUAUAUUCAGGAUUCUGAGGAAUCUCCAGACUGACUUCCAUAGUAGCUUUACCAGUUGCAUUCCCAGCAACAGUGGGUUAGUGUCCCUUUUUCCCCACAUCCUCUCCAGCAUCUGUUGUUGGUAGAUUUCUGAAUGUGAGCCAUUCUAAUGGGGGUGAGGUGAAACCUCAUUGUGGUCUCAAGGAUCUAGAAAAACUGCAGCAAACCAGCCCCAAAUCUAGUAGGAGAAGAGAAAUAAUUAAAAUCAGAGAUGAAAUCAACAGGAUUGAAUCAAAAAAAAAAUUACAAAAGAUCAGCCAAACAAGGAGCUUGUUUUUUGAAAAAAUAAACAAAAUUGACACCAAGUUGGCCCUACUAAGUAAAAAAAGAGAAAAGACCCUAAUCAAUAAAAUCAGAGAUGAAAAAGGAAACAUAACAGACACCGCAGAAAUAAAAAGAAUCAUCAGAAAUUACUACACAGAGUUGUAUGCUAGCAAACAGGGAAAUCUAUCAGAAACGGAUAGAUUCCUGGACACAUGCAACCUACCUAAAUUGAACCAGGAAGACAUAGAAAACCUAAACAGACCCAUAACUGAGACAGAAAUUGAAACAGUAAUAAAGGCCCUCCCAACAAAGAAAAGCCCAGGACCAGAUGGAUUCACUGCUGAAUUCUACCAGACAUUUAAAGAAGAACUAACUCCAAUUCUCCUCAAGCUAUUCCCAACAAUGGAAAAAGAUGGAAUCCUUCCAAAUUCUUUCUAUGAAGCCAGCAUCACCUUAAUCCCUAAGCCAGAGAAGGAUGCAUCAUUUAAAGAGAAUUACAGACCAAUAUCUCUGAUGAACAUAGAUGCAAAAAUCCUCAAUGAAAUUCUCACCAAUAGAAUGCAACAGCACAUCAGAAAGAUAAUCCACCCAGUCCAAGUGGGAUUUAUCCCUGGUAUGCAGGGAUGGUUCAAUGUGCGCAAAACAAUCAAUGUGAUAUACCACAUUAACAGACUGCAGAAGAAAAACAAUAUGAUUAUCUCAAUAGAUGCAGAGAAAGCAUUUGAUAAAAUUCAAUACCCUUUCCUGAUGAAAAUCUAAGCAAAUUGGGUAUAGAAGAAACAUUCCUCAAUACAGUUAAAGCAAGUUAUGAAAAACCCAUGGUCAGCAUCCUAUUGAAUGGGGAAAAGUUGGAAGCAUUUCCACUGAGAUCUGGUACCAGACAGGGAUGCCCACUCUCACCACUGCUAUUCAAUAUAGUUCUGGAAGUCUUAACCCGAGCCAUCAGGCGAGAAAAAGAAAUUAAAGGGAUACAAAUUGAGAAGGAAGAACUCAAAGUAUCCCUCUUUGCAGAUGAUAUGAUUCUUUAUGUAGGGGAUCUAAAGAACUCUACUAAGAGACUAUUGAAACUCAUAGAAGGGUUUGGCAAAGUAGCAGGGUAUAAAAUCAAUGCACAAAAAUCAAUAGCCUUUGUAUACACAGGCAAUGCCACAGCUGAGGAAGAACUUCUAAAAUCAAUCCCAUUCACAAUAGCUACAAAAACAAUCAAAUACCUUGGAAUAAACUUAACCAAGGAUGUUAAAGAUCUCUACGAUGUGCAUUAUAAAAUCUUAAAGAAAUAGAAGAAGAUACCAAAAAAUGGAAAAAUCUUCCAUGCUCUUGGAUUGGAAGAAUCAAUACCUUCAAAAUGUCCAUUCUCCCAAAAGCAAUUUAUAGAUUCAAUGCGAUACCAAUCAAGAUACCAAAGACAUUCUUCACAGAUGUAGAAGAAAUGUUGUUGAAAAUCAUAUGGAGACGCAAGAGACCUCGAAUAGCUAAAACUGUCUUGUACAACAAAAACAAAGCAAGAGGCAUCACAAUUCCAGAUUUCAGGGCAUACUACAUGGUAGUUGUAACCAAAACAGCAUGGUACUGGUACAGAAACAGAUGGAUAGACCAAUGGAAUAGAAUUGAAACACCAGAAAUCAACCCAAACAUCUACAGCCAACUUAUAUUUGAUCAAGGAUCUAAAACCAAUCCCUGGAGCAAGGAUAGUCUAUUCAAUAAAUGGUGCUGGGAAAACUGGAUUUCCACAUGCAGAAGCAUGAAGCAAGAUCCCUACCUUAUACAAAAAAUCCACUCAACAUGGAUUAAAGUCCUAAAUCUACUACCCUACACCAUCAAAUUAUUAGAGAACAUUGGAGAAUCCCUUCAAGAUAUCGGCACCGGCAAAGACUUCUUGGAAAACACCCUGGAGACACAGGCAGUGAAAGCAAAAAUUAACUAUUGGGAUUGCAUCAAAUUGAGAAGUUUCUGUACUGCAAAAGAAACAGUCAAGAAAGGGAAGAGGCAACUGACAGAAUGGGAAAAGUAUUUGAAAACUAUGCAACAGAUAAAGCAUUAAUUACCAGAAUCUACAAAGAGAUCAAGAAACUCCACAACAACAAAACGAACAACCCACUUAAGGGAUGGGCCAAGGACCUCAAUAGACAUUUUUCAAAAGGGGAAAUCCAAAUGGCCAACAGGCACAUGAAAACAUAUUCAAGAUUUCUUAUCUAAUUUUAAUUAUUUUUCUUCACUUUCCUGACCGUUUCUUUGCCAGUACAGAAACUUUUGAAUUUGCCUCCGGGGUCUUUUCCAAGAAGUAUUUGCCUGUGCCUAUAUCUUGCAUGCAUUCUCCUAGGUUGGUGUAUCCAUCUGUUUCUGUACCAGUACCAUGCUGUUUUGAUUACAACUACCCUGUAAUAUGUAUUGAAAUCUGGUAUUGUGAUGUCUCUGGCUUUGUUUUUGUUGUACAAGAUUGCUUUAUGUAUUUGAGGUCUCCUAUGCUGUUUAAAAAUUUCAGCAUCAUUUUUUCUAUGUCUGAGAAGAAUGUCAUUGGAAUUUGAUUGAUAUCACAUUGAAUUUGUAAAUUGCUUUUGGAACAAUGGACAUUUUGAUAAUAUUGAUUCUUGCAAUUCGUGAACAUGGAAGAUUUUUCCAUUUUUCUGUUCUUAAAUUUCUUUCUUUGUAAUUCUCAUCGUAGAGAUCUUUAACAUCAUUGGUUAAAUUUAUUGUAAGGUAUUUGAAUUUUUGUAAUCAUUGUGAGUGGUAUUCAUCUUAGAAGUUCCUUCUCAGCAUGUCAUUGUCUGUAUAGAUAGGCUGUUGUUUUCUGUCUAUUGACUUUAUAUCUUGCUACAUGUUCUAGGUGGAUGAUCUUUCUGAUGUCUUGUUCGAUUCUCUUGGCUAGAAUUUUGAGAAUUUUUGCAUAUACUGUGAAAUUGGUUUUUAAUUCUCUUGCUCUGUUGCAUCUUUUUCUGGUUUUCAAAUUAAGGUGAUGCUGGCUUCAUAGAAAGAAUUUGGGAGGAUUCCCUCUCUUUCAAUUGCUUUGAAUAACUUCAGAGUUAUUUGAGUUAGUUCUUCUUUAAAUGUCUGGUAGAAUUCAUCAGUGAAUCCUUCCUGUCCUGGGGUGCUCUUUGUUGGGAGGGCCUUUAUUACUGGUUUCCCUCUUGGUUAUGGUUCUGUUUAGUUUUUCUAUGCCUCUAUGGUUCAAAUUAAGUAGGUUGUAUGAAUCCAAUAAUCUCUCCAUUUUUGCUUUGUUUUCUAGUUUUUUGGCACACAACUCUUUGUAGUAAUUUCUGAUGGUUCUUUUUAUUUCUGUGGUGUCUGUUGUUACAUUUCCUUUUUCAUCUCUAAUUUUAUUGAUUUGUGUCUUCUCCUUUUUUUGGUUACUUUGGCCAAUGGUCUGCACUUUUCUUUCUUUUUUUUUUUUCCCCAAAAAACAGCUCUUCCUUUUGCAGAUAUUUUGUAAUCUUUUUCAUUUCAAUUUUGCUGAUUUCUUCUCUAAUUUUAAUUAUCUAUGUUAUCCAAUUUUUUUUUUUUGGUUUUGAUGUUUUUUUCUAGAUCCUUGAGAUGCAUUGACAGCUCACUUAUUUGCUGUCUUUCAUGUUUCUUAGGUUGGCAACUUUUGCUGUUAACUUCCUCUAUUUUUUUAACUUUUAUUUAAUAAAUGUAAAUUUCCAAAGUACAACUUAUGGAUUAUAGCAGCUUUUCCCCCCAUAACCUCCAUCCCACCCACAACCAUCCCAUCUUCCUCUCGCUCUCCCAUCCCAUUCUUCAUCAAGAUUCAUUUUCAAUUAUCUUUAUAUACAGAAGAUCUACUUAGUAUUUACUAAGUAAAGAUUUCAACAGACUGCUCCCACACAGAAAUACAAAGUAUAGAGUACUGUUUUAGUAGUAGUUUACCAUUGGUUGUAGAUGUUUUGAUUGAUUUCUAGUGUUUCUCUUCUGUUCCAUUGGUCUUCUAUUUUUUUCUGUACUAGUACCAUGUUUUUCUAACUACCCUGUAGUAUGUCCUGAAAUCUGGAAUUUUGAUGCCUCUGCCUUUGUUUUUGUUGUACAACAUUGCUUUAGGUAUUCAAGGUCUCCUGUCCCUCCAUAUGAAUUUCAGCAUCAUUUUUUCCAGAUCUGAGAAGAAUGCCUUUGGUGUUUUGAUUGGUAUCACAAUGAAUCUAUAAAUUGCUGUUGGGAGAAUUGACAUUUUGAUGAUAUUGAUUCUUCCAAUCCAUGUUCAUUCUGGAGGAUGUUAUUCAGUCUCCAUGAAUCUAGAGAUUCUUGAGUUGUUGAUUUCCAGCUUCAUUCCAUUGUGGUCUGAGAAGAUGCAUGGUAUGAUUUUGAUUUUUUUUUUUUUAAUUUGCUGAGACUUGCUUUAUGGCGUAACAUGUGGUCAAUCCUAGAGAACGUUCCAGCCACUGCUGAGGCAAAUGUUUAUUAUGCAAAUAUAGGAUGAAAAGUUCUGUAGAUAUCUGUUAGGUCCUUUGGUCUAUAGUGUUUAUUAAAUCUGCUUUUUCCUUGUUGAUUUUCUGUCUGGUUGAUCUGUCCAUUGCUGAAAGUGGAGUAUUGAAGUAGUCCAAAACUAUUGUUUUGGAGUCUAAGUCUCCCUUUAAAUCCCUUAACAUUUCUUUAAAUAGCCAGGUGCCCUCUAAUGAGGUGCACAUACAUUUAUAAUACUUACAUCUUCCUGUUGAGCUGAUUGAUCCCUUAAUCAUUAUAUUGUCCCCUUCUUGUCUCUUUUACCAGUUUUUGUGUUAAAGUCUAUUUUUUCUGAUAUUAAGUUGGCUAUACCUGCUCUUUUUUGAUUUCUGUUGAUAUAAAAUAUCUUUUUCCAUCCUUUCACUUUCAGCAUUUUUGUAUCUUUGUUGGUAAAAAAAUGAGGAUAAGUGAUGAACAGUAGAGUACUCAAAAAUUAAAUGUUAUUCAAUAUUACAGGGAGUGUGCUGUCCAGUAAUGAACAGAUAAAAAGAAUAGUUUUUCAGAGGAUAAUGCCUUUUUAAAGUUGUUUUAUUUAUUUCAUUUUAUUUGAGAGACAGGGAGAAACAAUGGGAAAUUUUCCAUCUAUUGGUUCAUCACCCAAAUCUUAACAUCAGCCAGGGCUGGGCUAGACUAAAACCAUGAAUUCCAUCUAGUUCUCCCACAUGGGUGUCAGGGACCCAAGUAUUUGAGCCAUCACCUUUCCUAAUUGCACAUUAGUGGGAAGCUGGCUCAAAGUCAGAGUAGCAGGAUUUGAACCAGGUACUCUAACAUGGGAUGCAGGUAUCCCAAGUGGUUGCCAAUCUGCUUUGCCAAAUGGCUUCCCGAAAGGAAACCUAAAUGCAUGUGACUAACUGAAGACAGUCAGUCUGAGAAAGCUGCAAGUUUAUAUUCAAAUUCCAUAACAUCCUUGGAAAGGCAAAUGAUGGAGACAGUGAAAAAGUCCAUUGUUACUAGUGGUUCAGUGUCAGGAAAUGAUGAACAGGUGGGGCUCAGAAGGUUUUAGUGCAGUGCAGUGACUCUAUAUGAUAGUACAGUUAUGUGCACAUCACUUUAUAUUUGUCCAGACAGAGCAGCAAAGGUGAACCUUAGUGUAAACCAUGGACAUUGGAUGUGUCCAUGUAGGUCAUCAUUUGAUGUAAAUUUAUUGCUCUGGUGGAGAAUUGACAAUGGAAAACGCUCUGCAAGUGUGAGGUAGGAGGUGUAUGGGAAAUCUGUGAUUCUUUAUUCAGUUUUGUUGAGAACCUAGAUCUGCCAUAAAAAUAAAUUCUAAAACAAGGCAAGAAUUUGAAUACCCAUUCAUAGGCAAAAGCCUGAAGCUAGAACCACCUAACACCCCCCAAAAGUAGAUUUCAAUGAAUCAAAGACAGACAUUUAUGAGUUCAAAUUAUGGCAGUUCUGUAACAAAAGACAGGGGGCAAGACCUCAUGAUCAGUGAUUUGCCAAUGGUCUUUUUUAAUGACACCACAAGCACAGCAACAGAAGAAAAACAACUAAUUUGAACCUCAUGAAAUUUAAAAAUAGUUUUUCCUGAAAGAGCAUUCUUGAGGGAGUUAAAAAUAAAAUCCAAGAAUGGCAGAAGAUAUUUGUAAUUCAUAGAUCUGAUGGGGAUCUUAUACUCAAAAUAUAUAAAGACCUCUUAGCACAGAGCAUCAAAACAGUAAUAACCUGCAACUUCUCUGAAAAGACCAAGAAAUGGCCAAGCAUCCUGUGAAGAUGUGAUCCAGCGUGUGUGGUGUGACAUGAAGGCAGGCUAGACCACAGUGAGCCCACUCAACAUCUGCUACAGUAGUUAUGAAUCAGGAAAACAGAACAUAAUACCUGAGAGUGAAGAUGUUGAGGAAUUGGACGAUAUGGGCUGUUUGGCGAGAGAAGUAAUCAGUUGCAAUCACAAGAGGAGGCAAUGUGGUAGCUCUCAGAAAGGCAAACACAGCAUUACCAUUUUCACCUGAUAUUUUGACUUCUAUUCAUACCCCGAGAUUCAAAUACAGGUGUUUAAACAGAUAUCUGUGAAUAUUCAUGGCAGCAUUAUUCACAAAAUAUUCCCAAAGGGGAUGCAAACAUACACAGAUGAUGGAAAAUCAAGUAUUGAUGAACUAUUUAAAGCAUUUGAGUGUUAUGAGGAGGGAACACUUCUUCAUAUAAGUAGCAAGUACUUCCUAAGACAAAAAAUGUAUAGGACAGAUCCAUAAUGGACAUAGAUGGAAAAAUCCUUCAAGACAUAUAACUUGCAAACUCUAACAAGAUGUUGAAAAGAACAUAUGUGUUUAUCAGUAGUGCAUGGUGAAUGACAUGUGUGUUUCUACAGUGGAUUAUGAUUCAGCCCACAUGAAAUCAGGAGUUGAUAAGUGAUCUAACAUAGGUGAACCAUGAACAUAUGAUGGUAUGAAACUGUUUGCAAAAGACCACAGAUCACACCAUUCUACUUGUGUGCAAAACUGAGAACAGAUAAGUGAAUAGAUAUAUCCCUCACAUCAUGAUUGUCAGAGAACUGAAGGUUUGGGGGAUGGGGAAUGACUGAUUGAUGAGCACAGCAUUUCCACUGGGGAUAGGGAGAACGUUUGGAACUAGACUGUCAGGAUGGCUGCAGCAUGCACAUGUGUUGAUGUCAAGGAAUUGUGUGAUUUCAAAUUUUAUGAAAGAAAACUAUUUUAUGUCAUAAUAUAAAAUAUAAGCAACCAUGAGAAACAUGAAAAUGAAAAAAAAAUCACCAAAAAGAAAGGAUUCCCUUGCAUGUAGAUGAUGGGAAGUUUCUGGUUUGGGAGCUGGUAUUGGCAGUAUCUGGUGCUAGCACUGGAGCUGGUGCCACAGUGAAUUCUGGCUGAGUCUGGUCGUAACUCAUGGGCAUUACCAAAGUUGCUUCUGUUAGGAGGUUCUAGCUCUGAAGCUCACACUGGUGCUCUUUCUGGAUGUGAUGUCACAGCAGGAUGGGGCUCUGCCACUGAGGUCAGACCUGGGCCUGGAGGUGUUGCUAGCCCUGGGGAGGGAGCUACCUUACUAGACCUAAUCUGCCUUAGGUCUAGUUUGGAGUGUGUCCUGAUUUUGCUUUGGGGAUGAGCCAUUAUGGUGCCAUGAGAAGCAUUGGAGGUGUCUGGGCUCUGGCUCUACCUUGGAGCCACAGCUGCUAAAGAGUAGCUGCUCCUCUGCAGCCUGUGCAGGUCUUGUUCUGGGAUCUUUCAGAGCUGCCUCAGCUCUAAAGCUGCUACUGGGAUUAUCAUGGAGGAGGUCCAGAUUUAAGUGCAAAGCCACUCCAGCUCUGCAGUUGCUGAAGGAUUGAACUGCUCAUUCCUGAUCUUUCCCCAUAUCCUGCACACAGCCUAUGCUCCAUGAUGGAAACACUAUGCAGUCUCACAGUACUCCAGGAUGCCAGCAUCAGGAAUGCACUUAGUGCCCCUCAACUACAAAAUUUCAAAUGACUACAAAAUUAUAGUUCACUCAAUCUAAUAAAUAAAAUAAGAUGCAAUACAGCGAAAAAAAAAAACCAAGAAAGAAUAAAAAUUACAGAAAUACCAUUACAGAGAGAAGGACAGCUCUACCCUUGUCUGGCACUGGAGCUGGUGAUUAGACACCUCCCAGAACUGGAUUCAGCACCACAGGACUGAUAGCUAAACAGAGCAGUGCUUGAAUUGAAGGAGAAGAGCCCUUUUUCACCAAGUAAACAAUAAGUUCUCAAAAACCACAUAUAAUUCAAUCCAUGUCCAAGUUCUGACCUAUAUCUAACCAGACACGAUUAUACAUGUGUAUUCUGCUGUCCCCUUUUCCUCUCAGCUUUCAUGUCAGUCUCUCAAGAUCUGAUUUUCUUGAGAACUAACAACUCUAGGUCUUCAAAACAAUAACCUAGAUCCAAGUAGUCUUUUCUAAAAGACACUGUCAAAAAUGCUGUCUCCUUGCUAUGCUACAGCACUCCCAUCUGCCUCAUGAAACCUCCCAUUUUUUUUGGUGAGGAUUAGAUAGAGUAACUCAUGCAAAGACCCAUUUGAAGCACAAAGCAGAUCUGUGAAGGUGUUAGUGCACCCCCCAUCUCCUCCUCUUUAACCACCACUCUGCAUCUUACAACAUACAAAUCCUCUCCAUAUUGGUUAAAUAAAAUACUAGAAAGAUCUCGAAAGGUUAAUAUCGACACUAUGACAUAGGAUUAGAAUAUGAUGAAUGCUGUAUUAGUGGUAUUUGAUGGUGCAGCAUAUGUAUAACUCAGCACUCUAAUAAAACCAGGAAACACCUCAAGUCAUAGCAUAAUGCAAACCUUUGUACUUUUAAAGAGAUAAUACAGUCUUAAAUUUGCUUUAGCCUCAUUUAGAAAAUUUCAGUCCUUUCAACAUUAUUUUUAGGGAACUUUUUAAAGUGAACCACUCAAACCAUCGUUCUAUAAGUUAAAUCAUAGUAAUAUUAAUUUGUUCCCUUUUGCAAAUAAAAGUUUUUAACAGUAGCUGCAAUUGUUUAACAUUUCCAGUCUCACUGUUGACUUUCAAUGUAUUAGAAAAUAAACCAAACAAAGAUGAUAAUAAAUAUUUUUAAAGAUUUAUUUAUUUAUUUGACAGUCAGAGUUACACAGAGAGAGGAGAGGCAGAAAGAGAGAGAGAGAGUUCUUCUAUCCACUGGUUCACUCCCCAGAUAGCCGCAACAGAUGGAGCUGUGCUGAUCUGAAGCCAGGAGCCAGGAGCUUCUUCCAGGUCUCUCAUGUGGUUGCAAGGACCCAAGGACUUGGGCCAUCUUCUACUGCUUUCCCUGGCCCUAGCAGAGAGCUGGAUUGGAAGAGGAGCUGCCUGGGCUAGAACUGGAGCUAGUUUCCACAGCAUCAUCUCUAUGUUAAAAGGACAAUAAUCCUGACAAGAACACAGAGUUCAAUGUUAAUCAUGUUAACAAAAGCACACCUUAUUCUCUGAAAGAGUCAAUGCUAUGCUUAUGCACAUGUGCACAAAGUAGGACAUCUUUGCUGAAGUAAACACAUAAGGACACACUGCUCAGUUUCAUGGAAUCAAGCCCUGAGUGACUGUCUGCUGCUCAAGUCUGCAUGAAGUUGAUAUGCCAAUAGUGAAAAAGCAAAAUACCUGGAAUUAGAAAUCAAUCAUGAUACUUAGAAGCUAUUUCAUUUAUGGUGAGUACCAUGAAGCUAUAAGUUGAAGCUGAUAUAACAUGCAACUCAAUGUUUUUUUUUUAUAAGAAAUUGAAGCAAAAUUAUAAUUUUACAUUAUUUUGAUAACUUCAACCUUCUGAGUUAUGAUAUAUAGAAUCAUUAGGUAAAGGCAGAAAUUGCUGACACUCUGUGCAUAAUAAUGUUAAACUAAAAGCUACUUUGCUAAUUGUGUUGAAUUGUUGGAGACAUUGCUGGGUCUUAGUGCCAUCAGAUCAUCACAUCCUGACAAGCACUGAAUCUGACCAAAGCUAUUAUAGGUUCAGUCUUGAGACUUUUACAUAACCUUUUAAAGAAUCUGGUGAAAAGGAAGUAGCAGAAAUAAUAUCAGAGGAUCUGAAACCAUCCAUUUCAAAGAUCAAGACACUGUAAGUAGGUAGCUUUCAAAUAAAAUUUAGCAGAAAAAUAUGCAUUUUUCAAGCAAAAUCUUAUGCAGGCUUUCAAAUGCAACCAAAAAUGUGUUGUUGCUCAAAGUUUACAUGUUUAAAAGGGUUCUAUUGUACAUGCAUCUCAACAGAACCAAGCAGCUUCUAGAAAAUGUUAAAAACCUCUAAUUGAAUGCAUACCAAAGACUGUCUUUGCAAUAUAAAAGGUAUAUAAAAGGUGAGCUAUACUAGAAAUCAAACAAAAAUAUAGUCAUUCCAAUUUUAGACUAAUUUUUCUCCCUAAAAGGAUAAACCUCAACAACCAAACAUCACCAAAUAAAAAUAAAAGAUCCCAGUCACACAAGUGGCUCUCCAGUGUUUCUGAUAGUGAAAUGACUAGUAGUUGUAAGAAUCUGAGAGGUACUUGAGCUAAAGUGAAAUACAUCAAUGGAAUGCACUGCUAUCCCUGUGAAACCCUCUAAUAUGAAAUGUAAUUCUUUAUGUGAUGCAUGUAACAAAAUUGGUGAGACUCUGAUCAUACAGGCCCUAUGAAAUUCAGCACUUGAUAUGUAGUGUAUAUUCCGUUUUCAAUUCUUUUUUGUAAUUUAUUUUAUUUAUUUAUUUAUUUGACAGGUAGAGUUACAGAGAGAGAGAGAGAGACAGAGAGAAAAGUCUUCCUUCAGUUGGUUCAUCCCCCAAAUGGCCACUACUGCUGGCGCUCCACCGAUCCAAAGCCAGGUGCCAGGCUGUUUCCUCCUGGUCUCCCAUCCUCCACUGCCCUCCUGUGCCACAGCAGAGAGCUGGACUGGAAGAGGAGCAACUGGGACUAGAACCCAGUGCUCAUAUGGGAUGCCAGUGCUGCAGGCGGAGGAUUAACCAAGUGAGCCAUGGCGCCGGGCCUUGUUUUCAAUUCUUUUGGCAAGAUUUGCCUUAGCAUUCAGUUGUGUUAUGCUUUAAUGCUGAGAAAUUUACAAGAGUAGUGAGUAGCAUAUAUCCCUUUUUAAAAACUAAAUAAAAAUAUUUGUAUAGGAAAAACAUUUUUUAAAGCUUUAUUUCUUUGAAAGUCAAGAGUUAAACACAGAGAGAAGGGGGUGGAGGAGAGGCGUAUUCCAUCUGCUGGUUCACUCCCAAAUUGGCAGCAAUGCCUGGAGCUGUGCUGAUCCAACGCCAGGAGACAGAAGGUUCUUCCAGGUGUCCCACAUGGGUGCAGGGUCCCAAGGAUUUGGGCUAUCUUCCACUGCUUUCCCAGGCAAUGGCAGAGAGCUGGAUCGGAUAUGGAGCUGCUCGAACUCAAACUGGUGUCCACAUGGGUUGCUGGAAAUUCAGGCAGCAGCUUUACCCAUUACACCACAGCACUGGCCCUGAAAAUCAUUUUCUUAAGUUGAUGGCCAAAUGUUAAAAUGUUUUCAUAUCAUUUAUAAUAUUGUCACAAUCCAAUUAACAAAGUUUGCUUAGAUUUCAGUGACAAUUAAUUCCAAGUAUUAUUCCCCCCUGAUGGGGGUAAGAGUGGGAAAUAAACUUACUAUAAUUAGUAUCUAUCAUGCAAAAUUUCAUGCAGAUGAAGUUUGCCUGUGAUGUGAUAAUUUAAACAUAGUUAAACAAAGAAGAAUGCACAAAUAUUCUGCUGCUUAGGACACUGCAAAUUUUAGGACACAGUUUGAUAUACUGAUUUAAAAACAGAACAAACUGUUGAAAUCUUUACUUAAUAUAUGCUAAACUGAUCUUCUGUAUAUAAAGAGAAUUGAAAAUGUAUCUUAAUGUGAAUGGAAGGGGGGAGGGAGAGGGAAAGGGGAGGGUUGCAGGUGAGAGGGAAGUUAUGGGAGGGGGGAAGCCAUUGUAAUCUAUAAGGUAUACUUUGGAAAUUUAUAUUCAGUAAAUAAAAGUAAAAAAAAAAAAACAGAACAGGAUGAAAUUUAAACAGUUGUAUCUGACAUGAAUCUUACUUUUAUUUUUAGAUGUAGCUACCUGGUCCAGUGUCUUGAAACUUGUCUUGAAACUUUUAGCUUUUUUUGCACUUUCUUUUAUUUAAAUUUUAUUUAAGGCAUUCAAACUUCAUCAUUUCAAAUAUAAAAAUUUGGGAGUUAGUGAUCCUUCCCAAACUACACCCCUCUCUCCCGCAUUCCCAAACUUCCUACCCCUCCCUCACUCCUAUUCUCAUUCUUUGUUUUUUUUUUUUUAACUUUUAUUUAAUGAAUAUAAAUUUCCAAAGUACGGCUUAUGGAUUACAAUGGCUUCCCCCCCAUAUCGUCUCUCCCACCCGCAACCCUCCCCUCUCCCACUCCCUCUCCCCUUCCAUUCACAUCAAGAUUCAUUUUCGAUUCUCUUUAUAUAAAGAAGAUCAGUUUAGCAUACAUUAAGUAAAGAUUUCAACAGUUUGCUCCCACACAAACAUAAAGUGAAAAAUAAUAGAUGAUUUUUUUAAAUGAUGAUGAAAUCAGAUCAGACCUAUUGUCAUGUUUAAUCCCAGUGAGAGUCAAGUUGGGAAUUGAUAAUUUCUUUAUUUUUUUUUUUUACAGAAGAUCAGUUUAGUAUACAUUCAGUAAAGAUUUCAACAGUUUGCACCCCCAUAGAAACACAAAGUGAAAUAUACUGUUUGAAUACUCAUUAUAGCAUUAACUCUCAAUGUACAGCACAUUAAGGACAGAGAUCCUACAUGAGGAGUAAGUGCACAGUGACUCCUGUUGUUGACUUUACAAAUUGACACUCCUGUUUAUGGCAUCAGUAAUCUCCCUAUACACCAGUCGUAAGUUUCCAAGGCUAUGGAAGCCUUUGAGUUCACCGACUCUUAUCUUGUUUAGACAAGGUCAUAGUCAAAGUGGAGGUUCUCUCCUCCCUUCUGAGAAAGGUACCUCCUUCUUUGAAGACCUGUUCUUUCCACUGGGAUUUCACUCACAGAGAUCUUUCAUUUAGGUUGGUUUUUUUUUUUUUUUUUUUUUUUUUUGCCAGAGUGUCAUGGCUUUCCAUGCCUGAAAUACUCUCCUGGGCUUUUCAGCCAGAUCGGAAUGCCUUUAGGGCUGAUUCUGAGGCCAGAGUGCUGUUUAGGACAUCCACCAUUCUAUGAGUCUGCUGAGUAUCUCGCUUCCCAUGUUGGAUCACUCUCCCCUUUAUUUAUUCUAUCAGUUAGUAUUAGCAGGUACUAGACUUGUUUAUGUGCUUCCUUUGACCCUCAGUCCUUUCAUUAUGAUCAAUUGUGAACUGAAAUUGAUCACUUGGACUGGUGAGAUGGCAUUGGUACAUGCCACCUUGAUGGGAUUAAAUUGGAGUCCCCAGGUAUGUUUCUAACUUUACCAUUUGGGGCUUGAGCAUGUCCCAAAUUGUACAUCUCUUCCCUCUCUUAUUCCUACUCUUAUGUUUAACAGGGAUCACAUUUCAGUUAAAUUUCAACACUUAAGAAUAACUGUGUAUUAAUUACAGAAUUAAACCAGUCAUAUUAAGUAGAACAGACAAAAAAACUACUAAGAGGGAUAAUGUAUUAAGUUGUUCAUUAACAGUCAGGGCUAUGCUGAUCAAGUCACCGUUUCCCAUAGUGUCCAUUUCACUUCAGGAGGUUUCCUUUUGGGUGUUCAGUCAGUUGUCACCAAUCAGGGAGAACAUAUGGUAUUUGUCCCUUUGGGACUGGCUUAUUUCACUCAGCAUGAUGUGUUCCAGAUUCCUCCAUUUUGUUGCAAAUGACUGGAUUUCGUUGUUUCUUACUGCGGUAUAGUAUUCUAAAGAGUACAUAUCCCAUAAUUUCUUUAUCCAGUCUACCGUUGAUGGGCAUUUGGGUUGGUUCCAGGUCUUAGCUAUUGUGAAUUGAGCUGCAAUAAACAUUAGGCUGCAGACAGCUUGUUUGUUUGCCAAUUUAAAUUCCUUUGGGUAAAUUCCAAGGAGUGGGAUGGCUGGGUUGAAUGGUAGGGUUAUCUUCAGGUUUCUGAGGAAUCUUCAGACUGACUUCCAUAGUGGCUUGACCAGUUUGCAUUCCCACCAACAGUGGGUUAGUGUCCCUUUUUCCCCACAUCCUCUCCAGCAUCUGUUGUUGGUAGAUUUCUGAAUGUGAGCCAUUCUAACUGGGGUGAGGUGAAACCUCACUGUGGUUUUGAUUUGCAUUUCCCUGAUGGCUAGUGAUCUUGAACAUUUUUUCAUGUGCCUGUUGGCCAUUUGGAUUUCCUCUUUUGAAAAAUGUCUAUUGAGGUCCUUGGCCCAUCUCUUAAUUGGGUUUUUGGUUUUUUUUUUUGUGGAGUUUCUUGAUCUCUGUGUAGAUGCUGGUUAUUAACCCUUUAUCUGUUGCAUAGCUUGCAAAUAUUUUUUCCCAUUCUGUCGAUUGUCUCUUCACUCUCCUGACUGUUUCUUUUGCAGUACAGAAACUUCUCAAUUUGAUGCAAUCCCAAUAGUUAAUUUUUGCUUUGACUGCCUGUGCCUCCCGGGUCUUUUCCAGAAAUUCUUUGCCUGUGCCAAUAUCUUGAAGGGUUUCUCCAAUGUUCUCUAAUAACUUGAUGGUGUCAGGUCAUAGAUUUAGGUCUUUAAUCCAUGUUGAGUGGAUUUUUGUGUAAGGUGUAACGUAGGGUUCUUGUUUCAUGAUUCUGUACGUGGAAAUACAGUUUUCCCAGCACCAUUUAUUGAAUAGACUGUCCUUGCUCCAGGAAUUAGUUUUAGAUCCUUGAUCAAAUAUAAGUUGGCUGUAGAUGUUUGGGUUGAUUUCUGGUGUUUCAAUUCUGUUCCAUUGGUCUAUCCAUCUGUUUCUGUACCAGUACCAUGCUGUUUUGAUUACAACUGCCCUGUAGUAAGUCCUGAAAUCUGGUAUUGUGAUGCCUCCGGCUUUGUUUUUGUUGUACAAGAUUGCUUUAGCUAUUCAAGGUCUCUUGUGCCUCCAUAUGAAUUUCAGCACCAUUUUUUCCAGAUCUGAGAAGAAGGUCUUCGGUAUCUUGAUUGGUAUUGCAUUGAAUCUAUAAAUUGCUUUUGGGAGAAUGGACAUUUUGAUGAUAUUGAUUCUUCCAAUCCAUGAGCAUGGAAGAUUUUUCCAUUUCUUGGUAUCCUCUUCUAUUUCUUUCGUUAAGGUUUUGUAAUUUUCAUUGUAGAGAUCUUUAACGUCCUUGGUUAAGUUUAUUCCAAGGUAUUUGAUUGUUUUUGUAGCUAUUGUGAAUGGGAUUGAUCUUAGAAGUUCUUCCUCAGCUGUGGCAUUGCCUGUGUAUACAAAGGCUAUUGAUUUUUGUGCAUUGAUUUUAUACCCGGCUAUUUUGCCAAAAUCUUCUAUGAGUUCCAAUAGUCUCUUAGUAGAGUUCUUUAGAUCCCCUACAUAAAGAAUCAUAUCAUCUGCAAAGAGGGAUAGUUUGAGUUCUUCCUUCCCAAUUUGUAUCCCUUUAAUUUCUUUUUCUUGCCUAAUAGCUCUGGCUAGAACUUCCAGAACUAUAUUGAAUAGCAGUGGUGAGGGUGGGCAUCCCUGUCUGGUCCCAGAUCUCAGUGGAAAUGCUUCCAACUUUUCCCCAUUCAAUAGGAUGUUGGCUGUGGGUUUUUCAUAGAUUGCUUUGAUUGUAUUGAGGAAUGUCCCUUCCAUACCCAGUUUGCUUAGAGUUUUCAUCAUGAACGGGUGUUGUAUUUUAUCAAAUGAUUUCUCUACAUCUAUUGAGAUAAUCAUAUGGUUUUUCUUCUGCAGUCUGUUAAUGUGGUAUAUCACAUUGAUUGUCUUGCGCACAUUAAACCAUCCCUGCAUACCAGGAAUAAAUCCCACUUGGUCUGGGUGGGUGAUCUUUCUGAUGUGUUGUUGCAUUCUAUUGGCGAGAAUUUUAUUGAGGAUUUUUGCAUCUAUGUUCAUCAGAGAUAUUGGUCUGUAAUUCUCUUUCAGUGUUGCAUCUUUUUCCGGCUUAGGAAUUAAGGUGAUGCUGGCUUCAUAGAAAAAAUUUGGGAGGAUUCCCUCUUCUUCGAUUGUUCUGAAUAGUUUGAGAAGAAUUGGAGUCAGUUCUUCUUUAAAUGUCUGGUAGAAUUCAGCAGUGAAUCCAUCUGGUCCUGGGCUUUUCUUUAUUGGGAGGGCCUUUAUUACUGUUUCAAUUUCUGUCUCAGUUAUGGGUCUGUUUAGGUUUUCUAUGUCUUCCUGGUUCAAUUUAGGUAGGUUGCAUGUGUCCAGGAAUCUAUCCAUUUCUGAUAGGUUUCCCUGUUUGCUGGCAUACAAGUCCUUGUAGUAAUUUCUGAUGAUUCUUUUUAUUUCUGUGGUGUCUGUUGUUACGUUUCCUUUUUCAUCUCUGAUUUUAUUGAUUUGGGUCUUUUCUUUUUUUAGUUAGUUGGGCCAAAGGGGUGUCAAUUUUGUUUAUUUUUUCAAAAAACCAGCUCCUCGUUUGGCUGAUUUUUUGUAAUGUUUUUUUGGAUUCAAUCCUGUUGAUUUCUUCUCUGAUUUUAAUUAUUUCUCUUCUCCUACUAGUUUUGGGUCUGAUUUGCUGUAGGUUUUCUAGAUCCUUGAGGUGAAUUGAAAGCUCAUCCAUUUGGUGCCUUUCCAAUUUCUUGAUAUAGGCACCUAUUGAUAUAAACUUCCCUCUUAACACUGCUUUUGCUGCGUCCCAUAAGUUUUGGUAUGUUGUGCUGUUAUCCUCAUUUACUUCCAGAAAGUUUUUGAUUUCUCUUUUGAUUUCUUCUAUGACCCAUUGUUCAUUCAGGAGCAUGUUGUUCAAUCUCCAUGUGUUUGCGUAUGCUCUAGGGAUUCCUGAGUUGCUAAUUUCCAACUUCAUUCCUUUAUGGUCUGAGAAGGUGCAUGGUAUGAUUCUAAUUCUUUUGAAUUUGCUGAGACUUGCUUUAUGGCCUAGUAUGUGGUCAAUCCUAGAGAAGGUUCCAUGUACUGCUGAGAAGAAUGUAAAAUCUUUAGCUGUAGGAUUGAAAGUUCUGUAUAUAUCUGUUAGAUCCAUUUGGGCUAUAGUGUCGUUUAAAUCUACUGUAUCCUUGUUGAUCUUCUGUCCUAUUGAUCUGUCUAUUUCUGAGAGUGGAGUAUUGAAGUCCCCCUGUACUAUUGUAUUGGGGUCUAAGUCUCCCUUUAAGUCCGUUAACAAAUCUUAUAGAUAAACUGGUGUGGUGCCCUGUAGUUAGGUGCAUAUACAUUGAUAAUUGUUAUAUCUUCCUGUUGAAUUGAUCCCUUAAUCAUUAUGUAGUGUCCCUCUUUGUCUCUCUUAACUAGUUUUGUGGUAAAGUUUAUGUUGUCUGAAAUUAAGAUGGCUACGCCCGCUCUUUUUUCAUUUCUGUUGGCAUGGUGUAUCUUUUUCCAGCCUUUCACUUUCAGUCUGUAUGGAUCUUUGUUGGAAAGAAAGAUGUGUUUCUUGUAAGCAGCAAAUAGAUGGGUUUUGUUCCUUAAGCCAAUCAGCCAAUCGGUGUCUUUUAACUGGACAGUUCAGGCCAUUCACGUUCAAUGUGACUAAUGAAAAGUGGUAACUUUGCCCUGCCAUUUGCCAAAGGUAAGUUCUAAUAUAUGCUUUGAAUUCCCUGUGAUCUUUUGCUGUGAGCUUUCCUUCCUUUACCUUCUUUCAUAUUGAUGAUUGUGUUUCUGUGUUUCUGUGUGUAACACAUCUUUAAGCACCUGUUGCAGGGCUGGACAAGUGGCGACAAAUUCUUUCAAUUUCUGUUUGCUAUGAAAAGUCUUUAUUUCACCUUCAUUCACAAAUGAUAGCUUUUCAGGAUAUAAUGUUCUGGGCUGGCAGUUUUUCUCUCUUAGUACCUGGGCUAUAGCUCGCCAUUCCCUCCUAGCUUGUAGGGUUUCUGAUGAGAAGUCAGCUGUGAGUCUGAUUGGAGAUCCUCUGAGAGUAAUCUGACGUUUCUCUCUUGCACAUUUUAGGAUCUUUUCUUUAUGUUUCCCUGUGGAGAGUUUAAUUACAACGUGUCGUGGUGAGGAUCUCUUUUGGUCGUGUUUAUUAGGGGUUCUGUGAGCUUCCUGUACUAGGAUGUCUCUGUCCUUCUCCAAACCUGGGAAAUUUUCUGCUAAUAUCUCACUAAAAAGGCCUUCUAAUCCUUUCUCCCUCUCCAUGCCUUCAGGAACUCCUAGAACCCGAAUGUUGGGUUUGUUAAUAGUAUCCUGAAUAUUCCCGACAAUAUGUUUUAGAUUUCUAAUUUCCUCUUCUUUUCUUUGGUCUGACUGUAUCCUUUCCUGUUCUCUGUCUUCUAAGUCCGAUAUUCUCUCUUCUGCUUCACCCCUUCUGUUUGUAAGGCUCUCUAUUGUGUUUUUCAUUUGAUCUAUUGAAUUCUUCACUUCAUUAUGAUUUCUCGUCACUAUCACAGUUUCCUGUUGUACUAGUUGUUUCGUUUCAUUUUGAUUCCUCCUUAAUAUUUCAUUUUCAUGAGAGAGAUUUUCUAUCUUGUCCAUUAAGGAUUUCUGUAGUUCAAGAAUUUGUUUUUGAGAACUCCUUAAUGUUCAAUGUUUUGAGAUCCGCUUCUUGCAUUUCUUCUAUAUCAUCAUCCUCAUAAUCUUGAAUUGGGGUGUCUUUUUCAUUUGAGGGCGUCAUGGUGACUUCCUUGUUUUUAUUACCUCGGUUUUUGCGUUUGUUAUUUGUCAUAUUGGAGAUAUUUGGUUUCUUCACUGUGGUGCUUUUUCUUGUUAUACUAGGACUCUAGAUUAAGUGGACUAUCUGUUUUGAUGGAGCCUUAGGGCUUGAGAUGGGUGUGGCCUGAGAGCUCUGUUUGGUGUGCCAAAGGUGACACUCCCAGGUUAGGUGUGGUAAAUCUCUCUCUCUCUCUCUUUUUUUUUUUGAUUCAAAAGGGAAGUAAUUCUGCACAGCUGAACGAAGUUGGAGGUAGUUAGCAGGCCAAUGAUAUACCCACAGGAGCCAGAGAUCAGAAGCUCUUUCCCAAGGACCCCACAGGGAAUCUGUUUGGCCCUCUUGUGGGCUCAAAUUCUCCUUCAGUCUCCCACUGGGUUGCCAAAGUUAUGGAACUGUAGCGUCUCUGGAGAGCACUCACGUGAAUUCCGUGAGUUCUCUCCCCCACCGUCUCUUUUUUCACAGUCUCAGUUCAGUAGCACCACAAAUUUACUAGGUCCUAAUCUCCUGUUAAUUCGCCCCGCCCAGAGUCAGGUUUUUCUGCUAGGCUCAGGGCCGGUGCAGACCUGAGGUCGCUCUGCUCAUGACGUAUGUCCAAGAUGGCGCCUGCCCUUUGUCUUGCUCGCCCUUGAGAGGUGAGCGGAGAGAGAGAAACCUGUGUCCGUACCAGUCACCUUUUUUUUUCUCUCUCUCUCUCUUCCAGUUAGCCUGGUGAACUUUCCCCUGCAGGGGGUCAUUCCCUGUAGUCUCCUCUCUCCGCUUGCCUGCCGGUGUCUCGGGCUAUUGAGGUUUGGCUCACCUCGCGUUCUAGUGCUGGUGUGUUGAGUCUGCCGCUGGUGUCCUGAACUGUGGGCUCCCACGCUCUCCACGCAUGUCCACUGUGAAUCACGUGUUCCAAAAGAGUUUUUUCUGCUGUUUCCUCCCCUACUCUUCCUUGAACCUGCAGUAUCUCCACUUUUAUUAAACUAUCUCUCCCCGGAAUAUCAGUGUGCUCCCUUCCUAUUCCGCCAUCUUGCCUCCUCCCCUCAUUCUUUGUUUUUAAAGAUCCAUUUUCAGUUAACAAUAUACUCGUAAGAUUCACUUUUAUAUAAAUAGUAUGAAGAAAAAAAAUUUCCUCAACUGUUGAGACAGUGGCUAUUCAAAAUCAUCACAUCUUAAAAUGUCAGUUUCUCACCUAUAGAUUUUAUUACUUUUAGGUGUGCUCUUUGUUACCACAGAUCAGAGAGAAAUAUGGUAUUUGUCUUUUGGGGGCUGUUUUAUUUCACUAAGUAUGAUGGUUUCCAGUUACAUUAAUUUUAUUAAAAAUGGCAUGAUUUCAUUUGUGUUUUUACUGCUGUGUAACAUUCUAUAGUUAUAUAUGUACUGUAAUUUCUUUAUCCAGUCUUCAGUAUUUGUAUAUUUGGGUUGAUUCCAAAUCUUAGCUAUUGUGAAUUGAGCUGCAGUGAACAUAGAGUAUAGAUCAAUAUUUCAUACAUUGAUUACUAUUCAUUUGGGUAAAUUUUCAGGAAUAGUACUAGUUCACAUGGUAGAUCUGGUUCACAUGGAAGGUUGCCCAAAUCCUUGGGCCCCUGCAACCAUGUGGCACACCUCCUAGAGCUUUGUUUAUUCCUGGGAGCUGAAGCAGGUGGGUACUUAAGGAGCCAGGUACCCGGGGCUUUGAUUUCUAAGCUCCGCCCACUGGGGGAGUGGUCUCCCUGUUCCUUUGUUCAGUCUUUCCUGUCGCUGUGCCCCCUGCAUGGCAAGGGGGGAGUCACUCUGAACAAUUGUGAUCCUUGUUCCUAUGUGGAGUGGCCCCACAACUGAUGUUUGUGUGCAGGAAAAGAAAGCACAGCCUGCACUCCUGCACAGGAAUAAAUGUAAAUAAACAAGAUGCCUGCUCUCUGCCCACUGCAGCUCCAGUUGGGAGGGGAAGACACUGAGGGAUCGUGGUGUGUUCAACCUCUCUGUUCAUCCCCCAGAAUCUCAUCCUCUUCCCCCUUAUAGCAAGAAGUGCUGUUCACUUUGUUUCCCCCUCAUCCGUGUCUGCAUCUCCAUGGGCUCACACUCUCUCACCUGGUUCCCCCAGGGUGAGGCAGGGUGAACCCUCUCACUGGUUCUCCACUCCAUUCUCUUUCUGUAGUUCUGGCACCUCUGUUUUCCCCAGCGUGGUCCCUGGAACUCUGUGGCGAACUCCCGGGCCACUCUGCACAAACUCUCCAUGGUUCAGUCACCUGAUUGUAUCCUCUCUGUUCAUUAAUCAUUCAUCUUUCUCUGCAUGACUCAGAACAUCCUACUGCUAUACCGCCAUCUUCCAACUCUCAACCCAAUGCUUUCACAUGGGACUUAGAGUCACAAGUGGUGACUGCCUGCAUCUUUUAGGCACUGGAGACCCCUUCAUUGAUUCACACCUCAAGAUUUUGAGCAGCUCACAGCAAGUUUCAAUUAAGCAAAAAGACAUAACUCUCAAGAGUAUAUCUCCACCCUGAUAUUUACAGCAAAUACUAUUGAUGUAAAGGGAGAGACAGACUUCAAUACAACAAUAAUGGUCACCUCAACACCACAUUCUCAUCAAUGGACAGGUAAUUCAGAUAGAAGAUCAAUGCAGAAACCUCAGAAUUGAAACAUACUGUUGGCGGGCGCUGCGGCUCAAUAGGCUAAUCCUCUGCCUGCAGCGCUGGCACCCUGGGUUCUUGUCCUGGUUGGGGCGCCGGAUUCUGUCCCGGUUGCCCCUCUUCCAUGCCAGCUCUCUACUGUGGCCUGGGAGUGCAGUGGAGGAUGGCCCAAGUGCUUGGGCCCUGCACCCACAUGGGAGACCAGCAGAGGCAUCUGGCUCCUAGCUUUGGAUCAGCGCAGUGCGCUGGCCUCAGCGGCCAUUGGAGGAUGAACCAACGGUAAAGGAAGAACUUUAUCUCUCUCUCUCUCUCUCACUGUCUAACUCUGCUUGUCAAAAAAGAAAAAAAAAAAGAAAGGAAAAGAAAAAAAAAGAAACAUACUGUCAAGCAAAUGGAUCUAACUUUAUAGGACAUUUCACUCAACAGCUACAGUACACACAUUCUUCUCAUCAGCACUUGGAACAUUUUUCAGGAUAAACCACAUAUUAGGCCAGAAAUUAAGUCUCAACAAAGUUUAAAAAGACAAAUCACAUCAGGUAUCUUCUUUACCAUAAAUGAAAAAAUAAAAAAUCAACAAUAAUAAUAAGAUACACAUAAUAAACUUGAAAUUUGAACUAUAAAGUUGCAAUAAAAGUUUUUCUUGAAUAAAUGGAAAUGAAAACACAAAAUACCAAAAUCUUAAAGACUUAAAUAACAAGAAUAAAUGAAUCCCUAAGUCAUCAGGAGGCAAGAAGUAAUAGAGAUUAAAGUAGAAAUAAAUUAAAUUGAAAUUUAAAAAAUACAAAAUACCAAGCAAAAAGAUCUGGGUUUUUGAGAAGUUAAAAUAGGUAAACCUGUAGCUAGAUUAAUAAAGAAAUAAAGAAAAAUAAUCUCAAAUAAAUAAAAUUUGAUAUGAAAAACAGGCAUUAUAACAGACACCACUAAAUACAAAGUAUCAUAGGAAAUUACUCUGAAAAACUAUAAGCUAAUACACUGGAAAAUCCCAAAGAAAGAAUACAUUUUUGCAAUCAUAAAGCAUAAAUCAAUAAAUACACCCUGAAGAGACCCAUAACCAACAGUGAGAUUAAAGCAAUAUCAAUAUUUCUAUCAAGGAAAAAUACAGGAACUGUUGGCUUUAGUGCAGAAUUCUACAAAGCAUUCAAAGAGAAACUAACUCUGAUAAGGAGCAUCUUAGUUAAUUGCCGUGCCUUGAAAAGUCAUUGGCAGUGUCUCCAUGCCCACAGUGGGCAAUAGAUCUGCAUUGGCAGGAAAUUUUCCUCUCCUGGAUGUGAGGAAGUUGUGAGUCAUCCAGGGAAGAUGUAGAACAAAUAGGGAGAUUCAUUUUCUAGACAUCUACAUCAGCUUAUUGAGACAUGAAAGCACCAAGUUGUCUCUCCAAGGCCAAUGUGUUUGGCAGGCUUGCAUCUGCGCCCCUAAGAUCACAAAGUAAGCAUGAGUAGCUUGUCACAUUGAGGUGCCAAGGUGAUACCUGCUUCCUAAGGAAGCUGGAAACAGGAAUACUGCCAGCACUCCAACACGUGUUCAAGGCAUCUCACAAGGAUUCUGAAAACAGCUGAUUUGAAAUGCUCUUGAGAGCUAUGAGUGUUCAUUCUUCCAGAUGCUAUAUCAGUACGCACAGCAUUAGGGAGAGAGGUCUCAAAGCUGAGGACUUGAGUACAUUUGAGGGGUAAAUUAAGACUUCUCUGAGAAAGUGGCGUUGAACUAAGUCUGACCAAGGAUGAUGAAGUUUAGAGAAGGAAGUGGUGACUUCAUUAUUUCACGCAGUGAGACACAUGUCCAAAGGCCUGUUGUUAGAAGUGAAUCAAAUGAAGACAUAUAAUGCAAAAUGGGGAAAAAAAAAGGACAGCACAAUAAGCUUGGGAAGUGACCAAACCUAAAGGACAGCCAUUCCAGCAUCUAUGCCAUCAUGCCUGUUCAAUCCUCUUGCUCAGGCAGCUGGUAGAUGUCCAGAGCAUUGUAAUAAGACUUGGCAAUUAGUAUUGUCAGCACAUAUAUCUUCAAAGUUAGAGCUGCAGUUCUGCAUCCUGGUAAUAUUGGAGGACAGUGCCAGCAGAACUUGCUUUUGAGAAUUGCAGUGAAAAGAGAUGUACAAACCCAGAGUGGGGAGGGGCAAAUAGCUGACCCCAGGAGUAAGCCCAGAAGACUAAUUUUAGAACACACCAGAAACAUUGUAUGUACUUGGGGAUCUCAGAGGUACUAGAAUAAUUGAAUACAUAGUCAGAGAAAUACUGCUUUGUGACUCUUCUAUCCAUAAACAGGAGAUCUAGGAAAACACAGGUGCCGUGCAGCUUCAACCUACCUGCUGAAAACCCCACAUAACUCCCAUCUUCUAGCAGGACUGGAUUGUUCGCUUCAAUACACAAUGUUCUAGGAAAUGCUUGAUUCCUGGUCUAAGUGAGAAAGGCACUCAGUGUUGUUCUGAUUUGGGCCCUGCACACUAACUUGGAAUCCCCUGUACUCUGAGGCCCCUCAUCCUCCUUUCCAUAUGGCUCCUGUUUCCUCCCAUUGAUAAGGUUAGUUGUUCCAUAAGCAUGAUGGUGGUCACCAACGAUGCUUACCACCAUUUUCUUUUUCUCAUUCCAGAUGUGUAUUGGGAUUAUUCUCCAUGAUCUUUGUAUGUCAGGGUGGGACUGUGAAUCCUGUCCUGUCCAGUGAGCUAUAAAUGAAAAUGAUACGUGAUAACAGACAAAAAUGGAAACGAAACAUAUAGUAACUUAUAAGAUGUCACAUACACUGUACUGAAUGGGAAGUUUAUAGCAAUCUGCGUCUACAUAAAAAGGAAAGAUCUCUAAUAGACAAUGAACAUUACAAAUAAAGGAUACAGGAAAAAGAAAAAAGGACUAAGAAAUUUAGCAAAGAAUUUUUAGAGAAAGAUAAAAAGUGAAACAAGAAAAACAAUAGAAAAGAUUAACAAUACUAAAUGCUGCUUUAAAAUAUUUAAAUGUAGAGAUCCAGAGAGAGAGAGAGAGAGAGAGAGUGGAGAAAACAGACACAGAGAUAUCUUGCCACUGUAAAUUGAUUCCGUUAAUGCUUAUGAACAUCAGGGCUGAACCAGGCCAAAUACAGGAAUCAGGAACUCAUCCAGGACCUUGCUGUGAGUGGUUGGGGCACAAAUAGUUGAUUCAUCACCUGCUGCUUCCUAAAGUGCAGUUAUCAGGAAGCAGGUAACAGGAACACAACCUGAAUUCCAAGGUGUGACGAAAGCAUCUCAAAUGACAUCUUAGUUGCUCAACAAAAUGUGUGCUCCAAAGUUUUCUCCUUCAAAAAACAUAGUAGAGAAUUAAUGGACCCUUAUCUAGACUAACAAAAAAUGUGAAGAUUCAAAAAGAAAAUCAUAACUGAGAAAGGAGGCAUUACAACUGAUGCCAUAGGAAUACAAAAAAAAAAAAAAAUAAGACCAAAAAUGAGUAUACACCAACAAAUUUGAUUAUAGGAGAAAAGGAUGAAUCCCUAGAAACAUGCAAUCUAAUAAAGCAGAAUCAGGAAAAAAACAUAAAAUAUGAACAGAAUAUUAAUCAACCAAGAGAUUAAACAAGUAAUAAAAUAUGGUCAAUUAAAUAAAUCCAGAACCUGCACACUUAUCCACCAGAUUCUACCAUACACUUAAAUAAUAACAAUUCUAAGCUUAUUCCAAGUUCAUUUAUGAAGCAUGUUAUGAGAUUCUCCUGAAACAAAAGCCUAGCAAGAGGGCUGGUGUUGUGCUGCAGCAAGUUAAGCCACCACUUGUGAUGCUGUCAACAUAAGUGAGCAAAACCACAGGCCAGCAUUCCCAAUAGACACAGAUGGAGCAGUUUUGACAAACUAAAAUCAGGCUAAAUUCAACAGCAGAAAAAAAGAUGCUCAAGUCAGAUUCCUUAAAAUGCAAGGGUAUUUCAUCAUAUGUAAAUCAGUUAGAGGAUAAAUGUUAAUACAAUAAAGAACAAAACAUGAUUGUCCCAAUAAAUGCACAAAAUAUAUUUGACAAUUUUGUUUUCAUGAUAUGACCUUUAAGAAAACAACUACAGAAACAAUGUGACAGAUGCUACCAGCUCCCUCUCCCCUUUCUCUGCACACCUGUCCCUACAUUUGUGCCAUUUCCCAGAUUAUGAGGUCUCUGCCUUUCAUCCGCAGAGUGGCUGACAAACAGCCACCUCAGACCACUCCCCCUUAUGUGAUCCUGAAUAUGCUGUAAAUGAAUCUUAAACAAAAAUGUUUAAAAAAUGUUAGCAUCUAGUUAAAAAUACUACUAGCAGGAUGAGAAAAGAAAUAGUGAUUUCCAUAAUCUCAUUAAGGUGUAAAGAUCAACACUACAAGUGAGGCCUCCAAGCUAGUAUGGAUCUGAUUGGCUGCAUCAUUGUGACAUCAUUGUGCAUGCUCACUGCUGGGCAAACUGUCCAAUCAGGUACCGUGACACCAACAAUAUAUAAUCUCUUGGCAUCUUGUGUCAUAAUUGUCUGAGUUAUGCAAUAGACAGAGCACCAGGGAGACUGCUCCUCUGCUGUGGGACUCAAGAUAACAUCACCGUCACUGCUGUCUGACCUGUGAUCACAGGACACCAGACACCUUGAAGCCAGAAAUGGUCAGUGUAUGGGAUGGGGCAUCCAAGAGUGGGAAGGGGGAGCUGGUGGAACCCGUGGGAGAAGACUGUGGCAGGACACCGAGCCUUCGAAAGGCCAUCUCUGGAAUGUGUGGUUGCCAUAUUGCCAGUGGCACAGAAUUUUCCUGGGUUCCCUGUGACCCUGAGCUUGGAGAGUGACCUGGCACCUAGGAUCCCAGGUAUCCUGUCCCUUCCCUGUGCCAGUAACUCUGCUCAUUACUGGAGUCAUCCCUCAAUAGGGAUGUACCUGCAGCCCUACAUCUCCCUCAGUGUGUGGUGAGUUUGGGAGGAUGACCAGAGAGAAUAUGGGUGUAUGUAUGGGGUUUUUGCAGGGGAGAAGCCAUCAUUUGUGGCACCUUCAGGCUUCUUUAUUCUCCAUCAGUGCUGUUAGACCAUAGUUUUCUAAAUACAUAGAAAGCAGGGUUUCAGUUUCAGACAUUUUCCUUUCUGCAUUGCUCUUUUAGGUGUCUGACACUGUUUUCGGUUGCUAAUAAUGCAGUGCCACAGACUGGUGAGUUGAAAGCAAGGUAGUUUUAUUUGGUGCAGGGUUUUUGUCCAGGCUUAAGGAACAGCAUCUAAUGAUGACCUUCGUGCUGGCAGAGACACAGUCUGCUCCUUAUGGGGAUGCAGUGAACUAAACCUUAGUUCCUACAGGUCAGCAGCAUCUUGCUGGUGCUAUCCCAGGGUCAUCUCUUAAUUUUCGUCUUUUUUUUUUUUUUUUUUUGCUUUCUCAUAUGGCAAUUCUAUUUUUUUUAUUUAGUAAAUAUAAAUUUCCAAAUUUCAGUUUAUGGAUUACAAUGACUCCCCCCCCCCAUAAUUUCCCUCCCACUCACACACCUCCCAUCUCCCGCUCCCUCUCCCAUUCCAUUCACAUCAGGAUUCAGUUUCGAUUAUCUUAAGAGACUGAAGAUCGAUUUAGUAUAUAUUGAAUAAAGAUUCCAUCAGCUUGCACCCACACAGAAACACAAAGUGUAAAAUACUGUUUCAGUACUAGUUAUAGCAUUACUUCACAUUGGACAACACACUAAGGACAGAUCCCACAUGAGAAGUAAGUACACAGUGACUCCUGUUGUUGACUUAACAAUUGACACUCUUGUUUAUGGCAUCAGUAAUCUCCCUAGGCUCUUGUCAUGAGUUGCCAAGGCUAUGGAAGCCUUUUGAGUUCGCCGACUUUGAUCUUAUUCCGACAGGGUCAUAGUCAAAGUGGAAGUUCUCUCCUCCCUUCAGAGAAAGGCACCUCCUUCUUUGAUGGUCCCAUUCUUUCCACUGGGAUCUCACUCGCAGAGAUCUUUCA